GCCUCUCCCGCUCCUCCCCUGCGCGAGGGAAGCCGCCCGGGACUCCGCCUCUCCCACCCGCCGAGGCCUCCGCGGGCAGGGGCGGCGCGGUGGGGCGUGUGGGUGUCCCAGCUGGAGGGACGCUGGACUUUGGGACUGGGGGGUGGGCCUGAGGGCGCCCCCUUUUCCUCGGCCGAGGUGGGGUGAGGGGAGCCGGCCCUUCUUCCUGGAAGGGGCCGUGUGUGUCUUCCAUAUCUUCCCCUUUUUAACUGGGCUGAGGAGAGAUUGAGUUGGGGGGCGGGCGCCUCUCCAUUUUUUGCCACCCCACUUGGCACUGAGAAGUGAGGAGAAGCCCCUCAGAGGCAGCUCUUUAGAGGUUUCCCCCAAAUUAUUAUUUUUGGGUUGUUUUUUGGCCUUCCCCAUUUUGGGGGUGUCUUUUUUGCCUCCUUUUUGGGGUGUCUUUGCUUCCCUUUUGGGGUGUCUUUUGCCUUCCCCAUUUUGGGUGUCUUUUGCCUUCCCAUUUUGGGGUGUCUUAUUGCUUCCCCCCCUUUUGGGGUUUUUUUUGCCUUCCCCAUUUUGGGGUUGCCUUUUUGGGGUGUCUUUUUGCUUCCCCCCUUUUUGGGGUUUUUUUGCCUUCCCCAUUUUGGGGGUGUCUUUUUUGCCUCCUUUUUGGGGUGUCUUAUUGCUUCCCCCCUUUUUGGGGUUUUUUUUGCCUUCCCCAUUUUGGGGGUGUCUUUUCUGCCUCCCUCUAUUUUUGGGGGUGGUGUCUUUUUGCUUCCCCCUUUUUUGGGGUGGGGGUCUUUUUUGCCUUCCCCCUUUUUUGAGGGGGGUGGGCAGGAGCUCUCUAAACGUUAAUGAAAUAUUGGGGAGAGAAGGUGUGUUUCCCCCCAUUUUCAAAACCACCGGGGCAUCUGCUUUUGCUUUCUUGUCUUCAUUUGGGGGGUGGGGGUGCGCAAUAACGAUAAUAAUAAUUUUUUUUAUUUAUACCCCGCCCUCCCCAGCCAAGGCCAGGCUCAGGGCGGCUAACAACCAAUAAUAAAAAGAAGCUGAAUGAAUACAACUUAAAAACAAGAUUAAAAUAAAACCGCUGGCACAUUUGCCUAAGCAAGGUCCUGUACAGUUUCAAAUUGGAUGUUGUUGGGGGGGGGGGACGCGACCAUAUGUUGAGAUUCCUGCAUUGCAGGGGGUUGGACUAGAUGACUUUGGGGGUCCCUUCCAACUCUCCUGGAGUCUAUAAUCCUGUGAUUCGAAGCCUCUGCAAAUGGGCAGAUGGAUGUCAGGAGAGCCAACUUAAGAGAGGACUGCUCCCCCCCCCCACUAUUUUGCGGGUGUUUGGGAGCCGAGCUUGAAGUUAGGGCUAUAUGCCACCCCCAGUUUCCCAACGAAACCCCCUUCAUUGGGGUGUUGUUCAUUGGGCCUUCUCGGUAGUGGCACCCGCCCUGUGGAACCCCCUCCCACCAGAUGUCAAAGAGAAAAACAACUACCGAACUUUUAGAAGACAUCUGAAGGCAGCCCUGUUUAGGGAAGCUUUUAAUGUUUAAUAGGUUAUUUUGUAUAUUAGUGUUUUGUUGGAAGCCUCCCAGAGUCGUCGUUAUUAUUAUUAUUAUUAUUAUUAUUAUUAUUAUUAUUUUGUUUGAAUGCGGUGAGCUGGCCAACAAAUUCCCCCUCCCCAAAUUUUGGGGUCGGGUGAAGAAAUCGGGAGGAGGGAGCCCCCCCCAUCUCACCCCCCUUUGCUGUCAAUUUUGAGAUUAAAAAAGAAAGUGAAAAAAUGCACCCAAAAUAAGUGAAGAGACGGUCAGGCAACCCCUUCCUUUCCCCUCCAUCCCAGGGCGAGCAGAGACUGAAGGCUGCUUUUAUUCCUUAUUUUGGGACCAAACCCCCCCACUUUCGUUGCAAAGGGUGCUUGGAAACAGAAGUGCCAUGGGGUGAGAUUUGCUACUCCUUGCAGGUGUCAACUUUCCUUUCGAUCCCUUUCCCUGUUGGUUUUUAACUUUUUAUCCAGCCCUCUGAGUGAGGAGAGUUUUCAGCGGCUCCUCCCAUAGCGGAUGACACAGACCUCGUUUGUUUCUUUCCUUCUCGGAAGCCAGGAGGCUGCUGCCUUCACCUCCCAUUCUCCUCUUCCCUUCUUUCUACAGGGCUGGAGGAACUGAACUUGGCUGUCCGGGGUCUGUGGGCUCCGUCUGGAAGGGGCAGGAAGCAGCCCGGGUUCCUCGGCUUCUUGUGGGCUCCGCGCCCUUGCUAUGGAAGAUGUGCUCCCUUCUUCAGUGCUGGAGAUCUGCGUGUUGGUCGGCGUCCCUAGAGAAAGGGAGAAGGAAAUGUACCAGGUAAAAAAGGGAAAAGGGACUAAGCUGCUACGCUUUCGCAGGAUUGGUGACUGCAGGGGAAAGGUGGAACAAAUCGCUUUCUAUGCACCCUUGAGAUCCGUUUAAACCAGCGCGGCUGCAUUUCUGUGCUAUGUAACUGUGCAAAGCUGUUAACGUGUUCCUGAUGCGCUGACAAACUGGUAAAUCCACCCUGAGGCUGAGAAGGAAAAAACAACACGGUUUCUUUCCCACAGAUCCCCUUGUAAAUACAUAAUAGAUCGCAGGAGUUUAAGAUUAUCUUGCCUGUCUCACUAAUUUGUCAACUUCCUUCUUUGGCCUUUAUUUACAUGUUAGGAGCUUGGGGGCAAGGGAAGACUUUUUUAAAAAAUGUUUUAUUUCCUUUUACAAGGUGAGUGUGUGGUUUCUGCAGAUUAAAAAAGAAGAAAAAGAAACAACCGCCGCCACUUCCUAAGAGUUGAGAUGUUGUGAAAUGGAGUUGUGCCACUUUGCUUUAAAGUGGGCAUGUCACCAGCCUGUGACGUUUCGUUAGCAUGCUGCAACACUUAAGUCUUAAUCACCAAGCCCUUAUGGUUUCCAGAGGGUUAGCUGUGUUGGUUGCUUGCAGGGAAAACACACACCAAGAGUCUAGUGGGACUUUAAAGACCAAUAAGCUUAUUUUUCUUAUAUACAGUAGUACCUCGGGUUACAUACGCUUCAGGUUACAGACUCUGCUAACCCAGAAAUAGUGCUUCAGGUUAAGAACUUUGCUGCAGGAUGAGAACAGAAAUCGUGCUCUGGCGGUGCGGCGGCAGCAGGAGGCCCCAUUAGCUAAAGUGGUGCUUCAGGUUAAGAACAGUUUCAGGUUAAGAACAGACCUCCGGAAUGAAUUAAGUACUUAACCCGAGGUGCCCCCCCCCCAAUUUUAUUAGUUUUUUAACAUAUCAUUUUCAACAGUAAUUAAACAUACAUAACAUACUUUUGCAUCUUAUAGAAAUUUUUUAACUUCCAUCAAUCACCUCUGAAAAUUUUCCAAUCUAAUCACUUAAUACAGUACAUUUCUUACUUUCACUAUUACAUUUAAAUCUCAUAACUAAUAUCUCUAUUCUUUUUCUACUUUGCAAUGUUUCAUAUAUUUCUCUUUACAAAACUUCUUGUAGUCCUACUAGCGUAAUUUGUUGAUUACAGUUGCUCUUCAAAUAGUUCGUAUAUUUUUUCCAAUCUUCUGUGAAUCUCUGGUCCCGCAGGUUUCGAAUCCUUCCUGUCAUUUUGUCUAAUUCUGUGUAAUCCAUUAAUUUUGUCUGCCAUUCUUCUUUCGUCCAGUAAGCUUAUUUUUCAUAAGCUUUUGUAGACUUCUCUACUUCAUCAGAUUGCCUAAUAUGUUGUUGUUUUCUUUUCUGAUGAGGGCUAUUUAAGCAGAACAGCUCAUUUGUUGAACAACUAUCUUCCAUCUGAAUUGGUUACAGGUUGUUCAAAAGUGGAUCCACAGCUCCUUUGUUGGUGGGGAGAGUUUGUGUGAGGAAUGGCAACGACUAUUUGGCAUUGUGACGUUUGUGUGGUCUCAAAAGUAGGGUUAAAUAAAACAAAUUAAAAAUAAAUGUCCAGUAGCACCUUUGAGACCAACUAAGUUUGUUCUAGGGACGCGGAUGGCACUGUGGUGUAAACCACUAAGCCUUGGGCUUGCCGAUUGGAAGGUCUGCGGUUCGAAUCCCUGCGAUGGGGUGAGCUCCCAUUGUUCGGUCCCAGCUCCUGCCAACCUAGCAGUUCGAAAGCAUGUCAAAGUGCAAGUAGAUAAAUAGGUACCGCUCCAGCGGGGAGGUAAACGGCGUUUCCGUGCACUGCUCUGGUUUCGCUAGAAGCGAUUUAGUCAUGCUGGCCACAUGGCCCGGAAAAACUGUCUGCGGACAAAUGCCGGCUCCCUCGGCCAGUAAAGUGAGAUGAGCACCGCAACCCCAGAAUCGUUUGCAACUGGACUUCUUAACUGUCAGGGAUCCUUUACCUUUUAAGUUUGUUCUGGGUAUAGCUUAUACCCAGAACAAACUUAGUUGGUCUCUAGGUGCUACUGGACAAUUUUUUAAUAUUUAUUUUGACUGCAUCAGACCAACAUGGCUACCUACCUGAAUCUAAAGUAGGGUGUCACUCAUAUGACCAGGGUGUCAAACUGAUUUAUUAUCCGCUGAAAACGGCAAUAUGAUUUUGAUAAGUACUCUUUUGGUUCCCAGAUCCCCUUUCCCGGGCACCACCACUGCUUGCAUGCUUAGGCAGUUAUAUGAAACAUCCUUGCCAUUUAAAUCUUUCUUUUUUCAUUGACUGAAAGCUACCCCCGUUGGCAGCUGUUCAUCUCAUGGCUAGACUGGGAAUGGGGAAAAGCUGAUAGGCAUUCUGAUAGCCAUUGGUAGGUCUGCCCCCUUACCCCAGGGAAGGGCAUUGCUUCCUGAUCCUGAAGGCGGUUUAAUGAUUUGCCUAGAGCAGGGGUAAGCCAUGUGGUUCCCACCAUCUCUGGCUGGGGCUAAUGGGAGUUGGAGUUCAGCAACAUUGGGGGGGGGGCACCAUCUGAAAUGGAGUAUGAUGGAGUGGCCUGGGCACUUCCUAUAGAAGACUUCUUCCUAUGAGUCAGUUUCAGCAGAAUGAACUGAACUGGUUGCAAAAUAGCAUGCUUAGUUUGUUUCGCCACCGACAUCUUACAAACUGACUUCAGUAGAAUGAACUAGAUGAAGAUCAACGUGCUUAGUUGAUUUUAUUUGGUUUUAUUGGUUGAUAAUGGUCAUACUUUGCAUAAAAUUGAAAAGAAAAAUGUCUUGAAGCAAGAUGGAUUUAAGGGUGUCGCAAGUUCCUGAGAAACCGGCAUAGAAUCUGUAUUAGCUUAGGAUUUCUUGACUUUGCUCCCAAUAUUGUUAACUACUAGACCAUGCAUAGGCAAACUCCGCCAUCCAGAUGUUUUGGGACUACAAUUCCCAUCAUCCCUGACCACUGGUCCUGUUAGCUAGGGGUGAUGGGAGUUGUAGUCCCAAAACAAUUUCCGGCAUCUGGACACGCACAGACGUGAUUUCUGGUAUCUGCACGUGCACAGAUGCCAUUUCCGGCGCCACUUGGCGAGUCCCUGCGCCAUGCUGUGCUGGUUUAGUGCAGUGCACGGGGGACUUGCCAUGCGGGUGGCUCGGUUUGCGGGCAGCUCGUGGGCUGCUAAACUGGCCUUCGUGGGCCACAUCCAGCCCAUGGGUCACACGUUGCCGACCUCUGGCCUAGGGAGUAUAACAGGCUUUGUCAACCUCGGCCCUCCAGAUGUUUUUGGCCUACAACUCCCAUGAUCCCUAGCUAGCAGGACCAGUGGUCAGGGAUGUUGGGAAUUGUAAUCUCAAAACAUCUGGAGGGCCGAGGUUGAGGAAGCCUGGAGUGUAAACUACACAAAUUUGGAGGAGUCUCUUAAGAUAGCUGGAUGUUGCCUCGUACACCCCCUACCAGCAACUCCUGCAGCCAAGCUCGUGCCAAACAUCUUGCUCUGCUUCCUUUGGACCACACCAGUGAGGCCAGGAGGUGGGGAUUGUCUUCUGGGCAGCCCAGGACCUCCAUACACACUGAAGAGGUCACUUUGAUCUUGCUAAUGCAGUGGUUUGACUUCACCCCGGGGGCGCACUCCAUUGUCUCUCGAGACAGACAGAUGCUGAUGAGCAGGCCCCUUGACAUAAACGAACCUAAGUUCCUCAUGUCCAGUUUGAGUAGGACUAACAUGGACGCAACCCAUUAUUUGUGACUUUUACUGUAGACUGACCUGCUCAUGUCCAGGAGGUGGGUAGGGGUUUGGACAGGGUUGCAGUCUUUUGGAAAAAGGAGGUUCACAGCUUGGAGGUCCUCCUGAAUCUGGAAGCUUAGAUGACCUCGAUGGCUUGGAGUGUCUUUUUCCAGCCAUGGCUGGUUCAACAGCUGUGGCCCCUUCUGGACAGGAAGUGACAUGGCUCUGGUAGCAUCCCAUUUGGAUGACUGCACUGUGCUUGGGGAUGCUCUUGAAGAUGAACGAGAAACUUCGGUAGGUUCAAAAUGCAGCAGCCGGAUUACUGUUUGGGUUCCAUUUAGAUCUUGCAAAACAGCAGCACUGAUUGCCAGUUCUAUUUCUGGGCCCAGUUCAAGGUGCUCGUGUUAGUGUUUAAAGCCUCAAAUGACUCAGGCUCCAAUCAUCUGAAGGCUUGCCUCCUUUCCUACAGAUCCCCUUGGGUGUUAAGAUUAGCAGAGCAGUCCCUGUUGGUUGUUCCAUCACUUCUGUAAGCUUGGGAUGCUGGUGGCCUGGGGGAGGACAUUCUCUGUGAUGCAGGUGGCGCUGUGGUCUUGGGCUUGCUGAUCGGAAGGUCAGCGGUUCGAAUCCCCGUGACAGGGUGAGCGCCCGUUGCUCUGUCCCAGCUUCUGCCAACCUAGCAGUUGUACACACCAGCACAAGUAGAUAAAUAGUUACCACUGUGACGGGUAGUUAAUGGCGUUUCCGUGCGCUCUGGCUUCCGUCAUGGUGUUCUGUUGCGCCAGAAGCAGUUUAGUCUUGCUGGCUACAUGACCUGGAAAGCUGUCUGUGGACAAACACCGGCUCCCUUGGCCUGAAGCGAGAUGAGUGCCGCAACCCCGUAGUCGCCUUUGACUGGACUUAACCGUCCAGGGUUCCUUUACCUUUUACCUUUACCUAUUCUCUGUGACAGCCACAAAGCUGUGGAGCUCUCUCCCCAUAGAGGUGAGUUUGGCAUCUUCAUCGAAUACUAAAGACAUACCUCUUUACCUUUGCUUUUUGACACCCGGGGUCUCUAGUUUUAGGGCCCACCAUAUUUUUGUGACGGUAAAUUGUAUUGAACUGCUUUUAACAUUGCGAUUUAAUUGCUGUAACCUGCCCCAGGAUCUUAGGUUGAAAGGUAGGUAACAAAUUGAAAUAAUAACAUUCCUAAUGUUUCAGUUAAUGUGUAUUAUUAAUUCUUGAAGAAAGAACUUACAGUGGGUGGACUUUUGCACCUAGUUAAAUGCUCUUGGCUUUAAUUUUGAACCAGUAGACUUAGAGUUUGUUUACUUGGAAGUACAAUUCAACAGGUACAGUAGAAUUUAGUAUUGGAUAUAUGUGUGGAGAGCACCAUGUACAAAAUGAAGAUAAUACAUAAGAGGAUGAAGACUGAAGAUGUAAUUAUUGCCAAAUAAUAAUAGUAACAUUCUUUUAAAAAUAUUGUUUUAGCUGGGGUGGAUUGUUUCAUAACAAAAAUAAAUUGCUGCUAAGUAGUAGCAGAAGUAAAUUUCUUAUAUGUGAACCAUCAUUUGGGGACAAAACAACAAUUGUUAUUAUUUUAUUGUUUUUAGGUUGCUCAAAGACAUGACAUAAGAAGCGCCCCUCCCUUCGAACCAGAAGUACUUUCUGUUUUUGUACCUCCGUUCAUCAGCAAGGAGGAGUUGCAAACCACAAAUAUAAAUAGGAAUGCGUUCAAUAAAGGGAAACGGCGUUCCUUUCGGAAAAAGAAAGAGAAAUCCAAGAUUGACACUGCAAAAGCUCUGAAUGGAGCCCAUAAAAUUCCUGAGACUGAAGAUAUUACCAUCCCCAUAGACAUUGACCUUAAUGGAUUGCCACAGCUUUGCUUUCCAGGUAAUGUGAGCCCCUGUCAUUUUAAUAAUCAGUUUCAUGUCUGUUAACAGAUAGGAUCAGUAUUGAUGCAUAAAAGCAGGGGACUUGUAGUGCUUCUGGAAAAGGGGGAAUCAUUUUAUUGAUGAUCGAUAGAUACAGUGUUUUUUUCCUUAAAAAAAUGUUCAGGGGUACUCUCAUUUUCACUCAAGAGAAUCACCAUUUUAUAGUUUAAAUCGGGAAAAAUAAAUUCAGUAAAUGGACAAAAGUACAAAGAUUCACAAGAGGGAUGCAGGUGGCGCUGUGGGUUAAACCACAGAGCCUAGGACUUGCUGAUCAGAAGAAUGGCGGUUUGAAUCCCCGCGACGGGGUGAGCUCCCGUUGCUUGGUCCCUGCUCCUGCCAACCCAGCAGUUCGAAAGCACGUCAAAGUGAAAGUAGAUAAAUACCUUCCGGCAGGAAGGUAAACGGCGUUUCCGUGUGCUGCUCUGGUUCGCCAGAAACGGCUUUGUCAUGCUGGCCACAUGACCUGGAAGCUGUACGCUGGCUCCCUCGGCCAAUAAAGCGAGAUGAGUGCCCAGAGUCGGCCACGACUGGACCUAAUGGUCAGUGGUCCCUUUACCUUUACCUUUACAGAGAUUCAUAAAAUGUUUAGGGGUAUGCGUCCCCCUGCGUCCCCCCCCCCCAGAAAGAAAGCGCUGGAUAGAGAGAGAGGGAGAAAUAGAGAGAUGAUAGAUAGAUGAUUAGAUAGAUAGAUAGAUGUUAGAUAGAUAGAUAGAUAGAUAGAUAUAAAUAAAUAAAUAGAUAGAUAGAUGAUAGAUAGAUAGAUCAUGCAUUAGAAUCUAAUGGUGGGUUACAUGAUUACCUAACCAAUGAUUCCUAUUCUGAUUCUGGGCUACUGUGUAUAACUCUCAUCCCCAUGCAAAUAGUAUAAGCUGCAUCUCGGCUACAAGAGAAAAAUAUGCCGUACCAAGAAAAUCUUAAGAGCAAAAACGCUGCUAUUCUGGGUGGUAUUUUAAUAGGCUAAAUUAAUUUGAUUGAUUAAGGCUGUGAUCCUUUGGUCCCCAGGGGGAGGGUGUUCCAAGGGGCCGCGGCAGAGAGAAAGAGAGGUGCUCCCUGGCAAUGUGGCAAUCUUUGUGACCUCUGCCAGUGGUCUGUGCAGAUGUUGAACAUCUGUGCCGGGUGAAGAUCACAGGAAGGCAUGGAUCCAAAGGAUCUGUCCUUUCUUUCCCCCCAGCUUGGGAAAACAAACAACACCGCCUGAACUGUCUCGUGUAUUCUUGGAAGCAAUGUUGGCUUUGCAUUUUAAAAUACAAACUGUUUGGAUUGCUCUGCCCAGGAAGUUGAUUCCUAAUUUCACUCCUGGAACCAAUUUUCAGGGUCUGCAAAUAUGUGCACUGUAGUUGUUGUUGUUGUUGUUGUUGUUGCUGUUGCUGUUGUUGUUAUGUAUUAAAUCUAUAUACUGCCCUUCAUCUGAAGAUGGCAAUUCGUAACUGUGUUCACUACUGCUAACUUUUAUUGGCGCUGUGCCUUACAAUAUGUUCAUCUCAUUUGCAGGAGGAUUUAAUAUAGCGUUGGAAUCCACAGAAGACCGCAUCCAUUUCCUUGUUUUCACCGACGUCUGUGGUAACAGAACGUAUGGUGUUGUCGCACAGUAUUACCGGCCUAUGCAAGUAGGUUGUUUACCCUGCUCCUGUGCUCCUAAUCUGACAAGCCCAAAUGCUGAGCUGAUCAUUUGCAAAUGCUGACCAUUCUUAAAAUUAGUCAUCUAGUGUCUGUAUCUUUAGCUACUGCUAAGUUCUUACAGUUCAGGGCAUAGAUCUCUGAAGAAGCAAGACCCAGCAGAGUUCUUGAUUGUGAGUUCUAGUCACAGAUAUAUCUAGGGCGAAUGCUUUCGACUUUGUCAACUCAGGUAACUUGUUAUUAACACGUGAUCAUAAACCUGUAGGGUGGCUUUUGUAAGCUGAACAUGGGAAUUCCCCAAAGAAUAUAACACCGUAUAACACUGGCCCUGAAAGACCUACGUUGGCUCCCAGUACGUUUCUGAACACAAUUCAGAGUGUUGGUGCUGACCUUUAAAGCCCUAAACAGCCUCGGCCCAGUAUACCUGAAGGAGCAUCUCCACCCCCAUCAUUCAGCCCGGACACUGAGGUCAAGCUCCGAGGGCCUUCUGGCGGUUCCCUCACUGCAAGAAGUGAAGUUACAGGGAACCAGUCAGAGGGCCUUCUCGGUGGUGGCGCCCGCCCUGUGGAAUGCCCUCCCACCAGAUGUCAAGGAAAUAUACAACUAUCUGAUUUUUAGAAGACAUCUGAAGGCAGCCCUGUUUAAGGAAGUUUUUAAUGUUUGAUGUUUAUUGCUUUUAAUGAUAAUAAUAAUAAUAAUAAUAUACUGUUGGGAGCCACCCAGAGUGGCUGGGGAAACCCAACCAUAUGGGCAGGGUAUAAAUAAUAAAUUAUUGUUGUUGUUGUUGUUGUUAACCAGAUGGGCAGGGUAUAAAUAAUAAAUUGUUGUUGUUGUUGUUGUUGUUGUUGUUAUUGUUAUUGUAGAAUUAGAAUGGGUCUUGAGUGCCUAAUAUGUACUGCAACAUGAGCGGUUCUUAAAGUCAACAUUAUGUCCUUUAUUUUGUAAAUGUGCUUCUUCGUUUUCCAAAACUGAGUUUUUUUGACAAGUGCCUAAAGUAACACGCAGUUUUCUUGCAGGAUGCCCACAUCUUCUAUAAUGGACAAGCUUCUUGGGAAACGGCAAAGAGCUCCAGAUCUGCUUCAUAUUUUGUGCCAUUUGCAGUGUGCAUCAUAUCUAGGUAUCCCUACUUCAAUGCCCUCAAAGACUGUCUGUCCUGGUAAGGGUUAUGAUCUAAGCUACUUCAAUGGCAGUAACUUGCACCCAUGGCUGUGAUUUUAUUUGUUACAGAAGCUGUCAAAAUAUUCUAUAUCACAGUAAGAGAGCUUUUAGUGACCAAUUACAACUGUUGGGAGGCAAAGGCAGCCAAAUUAAGGCAGCAGAUUCACCUAUUUGUAGGCAACGCUGCAGCAUUUUGCUUGAACGGUCUCUGUCUUCACAUCAGUGUGGAGUAGGAAACGAUUUAUUUUAAAACUGUCCUUCCAAGUAGGUUUGCAGAUUGGAAGGAAGGUAUGCCCCAACAGGCAGUGCUAUAAUUAAUCAGUGUCCUUAUAGGUGGAAAUUAAUUGGGUUCCCUGUGUUCAGAACGGCACUUAAAAUGUAUUUCUUUCAACAGUUAUUCAGAGGUUAGUGAUGGUUGUAAGCAUGGAUUUAGUCUGUUGCAGUUAUGUAUAUUGUGAUGCAUUUUGAUUUAUUUAACAAAAUUUAUAUACCGCUUACUCAAGCUAAAGACAAACUAAAAUAUUCAUCAAAAACAUAUGAAAGCAAGGCACGUAUUUAGAUACAUUUUAAAAAUAUAUAUCUAAACACAUAUUUUUAAAAUAUAUCUAAGUAUAUUUCGUUGGAGCAAAGCAGUUUUUAGCAGGCACCAAAAACAACACAAAGAAGGACUGCAGUAAGUUGGUGGAUAUAUACUGUACAGAAGAAAACAUACUUUGAAGGAAUGAGAAUUUUACUAAAAGUAAUUUUGCCUUCUACUGACAUAUGCUUUACUUCUAUUUGCUUUUUUAUUAUUUCAGCUUAUUGGCACAAUUGAAGUCUUACAAGGAUUUAGAUGUUGAUAACUAUAUAAAAGAAUUCGCCGCCAGACUGUGUUUAAUCCCCACUCCUCCUCCAGGACCUUUGCACUUGGUAAUUCUGCAAGAUACUACAUUUUAUUCUGCUGUAUAUUAGCUUCCUUAGUGUUUGUCUGGAAAUGAAGGAACUUAAAAUAACCCUGUUCUGAAGAACUUGGUUCAUGACUGGUGCUCAGAAGAGCAAAGGCUCAUGGCCACUUUCCCUUCCUCUCUUAUUUUUCCCUAGGCCAGCAUGGUGUAGUGGUUAAGAGCAGUGGACUCGUAAUCUGGUGAACUGGGUUUGCUUCCCCGCUCCUCCACAUGCAGCUGCUGGGUGACCUUGGGCUAGUCACACUUCUCUGAAGUCUCUCAGCCUCACUCACCUCACAGAGUGUUUGUUGUGGGGGAGGAAGGGAAAGGAGAAUGUUAGCUGCUAUGAGACUCCUUCAGGUAGUGAUAAAGCAGGAUAUCAAAUCCAAACUCUUCUUCUCCUCCUCCAUUCUUCAUUUUUCCCUCCAGACCAAACUUACCCUUCAAUUUGUUGUCUACAGUGGUACCUUGGUUCUCAAACUUAAUCCGUUCCGGAAGUCUGUUCCAAAACCAAAGCGUUUCUAAACCAAGGCGUGCUUUCCCAUAGAAAGUAAUGCAAAACGGAUUAAUCCGUUCCUGACUUUUAAAAACAACCCCUAAAACAGCAGUUUAACAUGAAUUUUACUAUCUAACGAGACCAUCGAUCCAUAAAAUGAAAGCAGUAAACAAUGUACUGCAGUCAUACAAUCAUUCAAUCAGUCAGUAGCUGAACUGGGUUACACACAGUCACAAAAACAAAACGAAAAAGAGCCGCAGAAGCAAAAAUGCAAAAUAAAUAACAAAAACAGACAGACCUCAGUGUAACACUUAAAACGGAAGUGUGGCACUCAAAUUGGAAGCGUAGCAGUCAAAACAGAGCACAUUUGACUUCCAGAAAAUGUCUGCAAACCGGAACAUUACUUUAGAUUCAGGUAGGUAGCCGUGUUGGUCUGACGCAGUCAAAAUAUGUAUAAAAAACAAAAAAAUAUGCAGGCCUAGGGAAAAAUAAGAGAGGAAGGGAAAGUGGCUUACAGCAAUUUUAAAAACACACUUUCGGAAUCAGUUAAAACAGAUUACAGAAUGAAGGGGGGAGGGCGUGUCCUAGAAUGCAUAUCUCAGUUGUCAAAGAGAGGUGCACUUUCAGCGUAUCAAGAAAACUACACGAUGAAGGUGCCUUGACACCAGACAGCAGCAGGCUUGUGUCUGCAAAUUCAGGUCACCCCUGCCAUUCGCAAUAAUAUAGGACAGUGGAGUUUCAGUGGAGAGACGAUGGUUGGGAACAUCUUGUCUCUGCAUUCCCUCUCUCCCUCCCAUGUUAUUUUGACUGUAGGGGAGGGAGGGGUUGCAGGGGGGAAAUGGGGGUGUGUGGGAGGAAAUGCUUUAGCUCUCCCUAUCUUCUGCUUUUCCUGCUGGAAAUCGCCUUUCCUUCUUCUUUACUGCUAUUUGGCAGUAAUCCAUGUUUGAAGAUUCAAGUUCUGUUCCUGUCCUACACAUUUCUGCCUUGGGUGUUCCCUGUCUUUUAGGACCUCUAUUUCUACUCUGCUUUUAGGACUGCAAUGUUUUUCUGCCCACGCUGGGAUUUUUAGGUAGUGGCGCUGUGGGUUAAACCACAGAGCCUAGGGCUUGCCGAUCAGAAGGUCGGCGGUUCGAAUCCCAGCGAUGGGGUGAGCUUCCGUUGCUUGGUCCCUGCUCCUGCCAACCUAGCAGUUCGAAAGGACGUCAAAGCGCAAGUAGAUAAAUAGGUACCACUCUGGCGGGAAGGUAAAUGGUGUUUCUGUGCGCUGCUCUGGUUCGGCCACAUGACCCAGAAGCUGUAUGCCGGCUCCCUCAGCCAAUAAAGCGAGAUGAGCGCCCCAACCCCAGAGUCGGUCACGACUGGACCUAAUGGUCAGGGGUCCCUUUACCUUUAAAGAGGAAUAAUGGAGGUUAUCCUUAUUUUGCAGGACAUGACAUAAUUCAUCGAAGAAUGUGCGUUUCUGGGGGUUUUUUUGUUUUCAGUUCAGACUGUAGGAGUUUGCAUUCAAUCUUCAUUCUCUCUCUUCGUCUAGAGCCUGUUUAGGGUCUGGGUUGAGCCUUUGUCAAUAGGUAUCUGAUCACAACAGUUUUCAGGGUUUAUUCCAGUAUUUGGCAAUCAUGGGAAUACAGAACAGUUCUGUAGUCUCCCCUAGGACCUUUAGUCUGUGUGAGAACUUGUCACCGAGUGAUGCAAUUUAAUGUAAGUUUUCUGUUUGUGUUAUAGUAUCUGAGCCUGUACUGCAACUGCUCAUGAUUGUGCUUGAAAUAAUAAUAAUAAAUAAUAAAUAUAAGUUCUACAGGAGUUAUUAACUAAAUCUCAUCUUACUUAACACCAGAAUUUGCAUUUGUUUUCACGGUUCAUCUGCUCAGUAAUGCAACUGUUAUUUUCUCUUCCCGCCCCCUCUCACAUGAAUUAACAUUUCCUUGCUCAGAAAGGGAUUAGACUAGACGGCUCAUUAUCACAGUAGAUGUCAGAUAAGUUUAAUCUAUUGUCAAAUUCUCCGGUUGCUUUGUUUAGUCCCUUCCUGUAGAUGAGCAAAAAAAAUACAAAAGCUUGUUCAUUUGGACAAAGAAAUGUGCUAUAAUACUGCAGAUCUGUGAAUGUUCUGCAUGCAAAAGCAGUCUUCUUGUUCCCGAUUCUUAGGCCUGUUUUCACUGUUUUUGUUUGUAAAAUAUAUUGUAGUUGCAGUUUGUGGUUAUGACACAAAAAAUAGCUGACCACCCACCUCUGUUGUUCCUCCUAGAUAUUUAAUACGAAGCCUCUCCAGGUAAUAUUUCCAUCUCAGGAGGAUCCUGACAGCCCACUUAUCGAUCUGGAUCUACACCUUCCCUUCCUAUGCUUCAAACCGGAACAGGUGUUACAGGUAUAGCAUGGCUGUCUUGUUUUAAGCAGGUGGAAACUGGAUCCGUGUAUAGUUUGUGGGAGUUGCACAGAAUUACUUUGCGCUCCAAGGCCCCCAAGCCCUUCCCCUGAAAAUAACUUCACACUGACACGUAAUUUUAGUUUAAGUUAUUGGGCAAAAUUUAGGCCACAGCAUUAUUGAUUACAGCAAAGUGAGCGGUGUUGGCUUAGGCAUUGGCAACAGACUAUAACUGACUCCUGCCUCUCUGGCUGGAAGUCUGAAAGGGUAAACACCAAACGAGGGAGCAACAUCGGUGAAGACCAACGAAGCUCACCCCGGGGUUCCUGCCGUCCUGGCAUGGCCCUAGCCCCUCAAGCGGACUUCAGACGAGAUCCAGACCCCCAGAUUCCUUUACCGGAAUACCCUUAUUCAUGGAGGGGCAGGUGAUGGCCGCACCUCCCCUCCCACACACUUCAAUAAGCCAAUGCCUCACCGCCAAACCUUACAAAGUUGUGACGAUUGCUAAGGGGGUAGGCGAAAACCAAGUGGCUACAUCCAAUCUGUCAAAUGGAAAAAUUCCUACCCAGCUCUUGCUCCAAAACAGGCGACCCAAUCCAAAGCAAGGCCAAAGCAGCAGCACAUAAAAUUAGGGAGGGAGGGCAGGUAUUCGGCAGCGCGAAUGCAAGUAACCCCAGUUACGCCGCGCUGCCACUUUUAUAGGCCCCAGGAAUCGCGCCAACUGCCCUGAUUGGCCCAAACAGCCUGGCAUGAUCCCGGGGCCCAACGGUUAAGGCUUGGGCCACUCCCGGCAACAACUCUCCCAGCGAGGGUGCCUUAGGGGCCCGCGCGCAACCAGGACCCUCAUUAAGGAGGAUCCCAUUUGUAAAUAAUUUCAGCCUAAUGCCCUUGUUCUGAAUGAGUGAAAUGGGCCUCUGGCAGGGAGCAUGCGAGAAGACAUACCAUACUUUUAACAACGGGAACACAGUGAUCCCCAUAACCAGGCAAAGUCUCGCCCGCCUUUCCAUAGCGAGACCAGGGCUUUGACAGGGUCGCCGUAAAUACUGAAUGCUCAUAGUGGCAGUGAGAGUAAGAAGUCAGAGGGAUGUUGCCAGUUCUAUUCUCCUUCCAUCUUUCUGCUAGACGGGAUGUAAUAAGAGUUACUGAGAUGAGGGCCUUCUCGGUAGUGGCACCCGCCCUGUGGAACGCCCUCCCACCAGAUAUCAAAGAGAAAAACAACUACCAAACUUUUAGAAGACAUCUGAAGGCAGCCCUGCCUAGGGAAGCUUUUAAUGUUUAAUAGGUUAUUGUAUUUUAGUGUUCUGUUGGAAGCCGCCCAGAGUGGCUGGGGAAACCCAGCCAGAUGGGCGGGGUAUAAAUAAUAAAUUAUUAUUAUUAUUAUUAUUAUUACUUUUGUAAAGUAUGCCAAGCACUUAAAAUUUGUUAAAUAAAUGAUAAGGUGCUGUUACGCUGAAGCUCUCCCUAUAUGGAAUUUAUGGUGGCCUGUUUUCCCUCCCUUUCCAGAUCAUAACCUGCAUUUUAACAGAGCGGAAGAUUGUUUUAUUUUCCUCUGACUGGGCAUUGCUGACCCUCAUAUCCGAGUGCUUCAUGAUGUACAUCCACCCUAUUCAGUGGCAGCACACUUUCGUACCCAUUCUGUCUCGUCAGAUGUUGGAUUUCGUCAUGGCUCCUACAUCCUUCCUCAUGGGAUGCCACAUUGAUCAUUUUGGAGAGGUUUGCAAGGUCUGCUGUGGGUCAUUUCCAGUUCUGCUUCUCUGCUUCUCUCACCUAUAAAAUGCAUUCAGAGGUACAAGUAACUCCACAUUUGUGCUGGAGUUGCGUUCUGGGUUACUGCCCACUUGCAUGGGAUCAGAAGCCCAUUGAAAAAGCCUGUGAACCCCUUUUUCUACCUCCAUUCCACCCUUUUAGUGACGUUCCAGUAAUGUCCUUAUGACUUAUCCAGGUCACUUCCAGGUAUGUAUUUACGGGACCGCCUCUCCUGGUCUGCCCCGCAGAAGACCUUAAGGUCCAUGAAUAACCAUAGUUUAGAGGUCCCGGGCCCUAAGGAAGUCAGACUAUCCUCCACCACGGCCAGGGCCUUCUCAGUGAUGGCUCCGACCUGGUGGAAUACUCUGUGCCAUGAGACUAGGGCCCUGCAGGAUUUAACCUCCUUCCGUCGGGCCUGUAAGACAGAGCUAUUCCGCCUGGCCUUUAAUCUGAAUUCAGCCUGAUCUUUUAUUUCCCUUCUCUUCCCUCCCCCUCCCCCUUUUAUGAAGAUCCCACAGCUAAUUCUCCCCUGGCCUCCUCGCUGGCCCAAGGAGGACCAAUUCAGCCAGCUAGUCCUGGGGAUUAUCUAAUGCUUAUCUAAUACGAAUUAAAAAUGGAAAAUGGUUUAGAUGAACACAUGGUAUUAUAGAUAACUGGGCCCUUUUGAAGAGAUUACGCAUUUAAUAAUAUUCGUCAUGUAUGUAGUGCACCCAUUUAAUCUGCUUCUUAGCUGUGCUGUGGCUGCAACCCCAGAUAACCAACCGAGUGGCAAAGGACGCACUUCUCUGCCCCUGCCCCAGCUCCUGAAUGCUGGCUCUCGCUCACCCUGCUAUUGCCAUGAUUGCUGUGUAAAUCCCCUGACAUUUCUCAUAAUUGCUGCCACCACCAGUGCAGUCUCAGGUCAGACCCUUUCACAGGGGAUUAUAAAUGUUGGUUCAUCUUCCAGGGAACCUUGAGAGUUAGCUCAUUUCCUGUUUUAUAGGGUUGUGGCCGUGCUCUAAAGAAUUGGCUCCCAUUGUCAGCCUUCACAUCUGAAAGGACUCUUCAGUCUUUUCGGAAUGGGAAGAUUUGUGUAGGAUAUUUUCGCACGAGUCCAAGCGGCUCCCCAGCGAGGCUGAGAUAGACUGGAUGGAAACGCAGGAAGUUGCCUUGUUCUGAGUCAGACAUUUGCUCCAUCUAGUUCAGUGCUGUCUACAUGGACUGGCAGUGGUUCUUUGGGGUUUCAAAUGGGCGUCUCCUGUAGUUGCCGGACAUUGAACCAAGACUUUUUGCAUGCAGAGUGUGUUCUCCACCACUGAUCUCCUCCCCUCGGUUUGAACUGUGUUCUAAUAUUUUAUCCACAGAUAAGAUCAAUGCUUUUGUUCAUAAAUUAUUGCUCUGUGACAGGGUGGAUUUGAUUUAAAUCAUGAUUCACCGUAUUUUUCGCUCUAUAAGACGCACCAGACCACAAGACGCACCUAGUUUUUGGAGGAGGAAAACACGAAAAAAAAUCUUCUGAAUCCCAGAAGCCAGAACAGCAAGAGGGAUCGCUGCGCAGUGAAAGCAGCAAUCCCUCUUGCUGUUCUGGCUUCUGGGAUAGCUGCACAGCCUGCAUUCACUCCAUAAGACACACACACAUUUCCCCUUACUUUUUAGGAGGGAAAAAGUGAGUCUUAUAGAGCAAAAAAUACUGUAAAUCACUAGUCAGUAAGACUUGAUUUAAAUCAUUUUUUUUUUACAGAAAGACUAAUUCUUGCAGGUAUAAUCUUAAUAUUUACAACCAGAUGAAGGUUUAAUUUUUGGAAUAAUAAAUUUUCAGAGCAGUUUAUACAGUUAUUUCAAAAAUUACUGAUUUGGUUAUACUACUAGAAAAACAAAGGCAGGUAAUUAUAAAAUUAUUGUGAGGUUUAAUAAGUUAACUGUUUAUAUCUGGACAAUUUUUCUGCUGUACUUUAUUGGAAGGAGAAAAAUAAUCAUUUCCUUAAUAACAAUUUAUUUAACUAAAACAAUAACAUUAUAGCAUAUGUAUCCAUGUUUGUUAACUGAUGUGGUUAAACAUUAAAAAACAACAACUUAGACUGAGUUUGAGCACACAUGAAAAACUAAAAACAAAUCCUUUUUUCUUGAUGAAUAGCCUUUGGAGUAUAAUGUAACUUAAAUAGAAAACUAUAUUUAGAAAGGUUUUUCCUCCAAAAGCAUUUUAUUUUAACAAUCCAAUUUAAAUUUUUUAAAAAUCCAAUUUAAAUUUUAAAAAAUCCGAUUUUAAAAAAUUAUUAUUGAUUUUUAUCUACCCUGCUCUGUGACCAAAAAUUUGAAACCUACGUAUUUUUAUUCAUACGGGGCUGAAUUCAACUACAGUGGUGCCCCGCAAGACGAAUGCCUCGCAAAACGGAAAACCCGCUAGACGAAAGGGUUUUCCGUUUUUGAGUUGCUUCGCAGGACGAAUUUCCCUAUGGGCUUGCUUCGCAAGACGAAAAUGUCUUGCGAGUCUUGAGAUUUUUUUUUCGCUUCCCCCCCCCUUUAUCUAAGCCGCUAAGCCUUUAAUAGCCUUUUAGCAGCUAAUCCGCUAAUCCGCUAAGCCUUUAAUAGCCGCUAAACCGCUAAUAGCGCUAAUCCGUUAAGCCGCUAAUAGGGUUGCUUCGCAAGACGAAAAAACCGCUAGAUGAAGACACUCGCGGAACGGAUUAAUUUCGUCUUGCGAGGCACCACUGUACCUGGCUUCAUUUGCCAGAGCAUGCCAGCGCAGCAGGGCUUAUUCCCUCCCCUUCCUUACUGUAUUGCCCGCUAAUUCAUUCUGGGGGGUUGAGAAGAACCCCCAGAACAGUGUACAGAAGGAGGAAAGGGGAGAGCUUCUCUUUGGCCAAGCAAAAAUGAUUGCACAAAACAAUCUCCUAAGUGCUGCAUUGAAUUCCGCCCACGUUAAGUGAGAUACAUCGUGUCGUAUUCAGCUAAGCAUUGCUGAGGGUAGACCCACUGAGAUUCACAAAAUCAGUUUCAUUAAUUUCAAUAGUUCUACUUUUGAGUGAAACUUAAUUUUAAUUGCAUCUUAUGGGUGGUAUUCAGUUAUUCCAUUGUUAAUAGUGUCAUAGCUUGCAUUUGGCAUUACUUCUUCCUGCCUAAUCCAUAUUGUUUUAAAUGAUGAACCUGUCUGUGUCUCAAAUAAAAAGGAAGCCGACGACUUAAUUCUAAUUAACAUCGACAAUGGCGAUAUCGCGCAAUCCCAGUCAUCGGAAGAGGAGACUGAAAUUCCAGACAUCCCACUGGAGGCGGCAAAAAUCUUCAUAGCAAGGUAGAAAUAAAUGCUAAGGAUGAAAAAAUGAAAUUAUUUGGCAAAGACACAGAGUGCGAUUUUGUGCACCUGCUCAUUCUCCUGCUUGGCAAAGGAGUGUGAGGUAGUGAGUUGCACGGGGGCUGAUGUUAUCUUCAUCCAGUGCAAUUAGAAAGAUGGAUUCCUUUGGUGGAUUGAGGGACCUGGGGUGGGGGGCAACAGGGCGCCUGAAUGGUGGCAAGUGGUGUGCGUUAAUUAAGUUAUGCCAUUCACCCAAAUACACGCACAGAGAUGGUUGAUGGGUUUUCUGAAAUAAACACCCAAAAACUUUGAACUGCAAAAUUCUGAUAAUGGCGCAUGAUCCAGUAAGAUAAAGAGUUUGUCUUCUAGGUAAAGGUAAAGGGACCCCUGACCAAUAGGUCCAGUUGUGGCCGACUCUGGGGUUGCGGCGCUCAUCUCGCUUUAUUGGCCAAGGGAGCAGGCGUACAGCUUCAUGUGGCCAGCAUGACUAAGCUGCUUCUGGAGAACCAGAGCAGUGCACGGAAACGCCGUUUGCCUUCCCGCUGGAGUGGUACCUAUUUAUCUACUUGCACUUUGACGUGCUUUUGAACUGCUAGGUUGGCAGGAGCAGGGACCGAGCAACGGGAGCUCACCCCAUCGCGGGGAUUUGAACCGCCGACCUUCUGAUCGGCAAGUCCUAGGCUCUGUGGUUGAACCCACAGCGCCACCCGUGUCCCUUUGUCUUCUAUAAUACACCUAAUCCCAUUUUCUCUUGCGUACUGACACCUGACUAGUUGAGCAAAUUCCCCCAUAUAUACUCCAAAUUCUCUCUUAAGUCUGAUUGCUUGUCGAGACAGGCAUAGCUUAAGGCCCUUGGUUUCAAAGGAUGCCUUGAAGCCAUUCCACUCUGCUUCUCCCUUUCCUCCAUCCCUGGGGUUACCAUUGGGGCUGGGUGAGUUUUUGACUCUUGAGAAAUUGCCUGUCCUGGCAUCCCGCCACAUCUCUCUUGGACGGGGAGUGGAAUCCUCAGACUCCCCCCACCCAGGGUGGAUUUGAUUUAAAUUUUAGGGAGUUAACGUGUUCUUUUCCCCCCUGCAGGGUUGAAAAUCUUCAGCUGCACUAUGACCUGGAGCUCUCCCACCGUGCUUCCUGCACAGACCUUGGUGAAGUUCAGCUGCGAAGGAGGAUUUGGCAGCAGAGGCUGAAUUCUGAAAUUCAACAGAUUACUCUGCAGUUAAUAGUCAAUAUCUUUAGGUAGGUGCUGAAAUAACCCUUGCACAGUGCAUGAUUCUGGAACUCAAAGCAUUUGCACUUUCUCUCUGUCUCUGAGCUUUUGCUGCUCCCUUCUGUACUAAAGCGAAGAGUCCCUCGAUUCGGUGAAGGAAUAAAUGAGGCGUUGAAUCUGACGCUCAGUUAUGGCAGUGUUUCUCCUGGGCAUAGGGUUGACUCCAACAGUUAUCUUUCCACAAGGGCCGACACUGAUGCCGAAAUCCAGCAUCGCCUGAGCUCUGCGAGUGCGGCUUUCUCCUGAUUGAAGUGCAGAGUGUUUGAGGACCAGGACAUUCGCAGGGAAACCAAAAUGCUUGUUUACAAAGCUAUUGUACUACCAAGCUUGCUGUAUGCCUGUGAAACAUGGACCACGCCAACUCCUGGAAAGAUUCCAUUUUGUCUCUGAAAAAUCUUACACAUCACUUGGGAAGACAGGCGAACUAAGGUCAGUGUACUGGAAGAAGCAAAGAUCACCAGUGUUGAAGCAAUGAUUAUUCAACAUCAACUUCGUUGGACUGGUCAUGUUGUGCGGAUGCCUGAUGAUUGUCUUCCAAAGCAACUACUCUAUUCCCAACUUAAAAAUGGAAAGCGUAAUGCUGGUGGUCAACAAAAGAGGUUUAAAGACUGUCUCAAGGCAAAUCUAAAAAAUGUAGUAUAAACACCAACAAUUGGGAAACACUUGCCUGCGAGCGCUCCAAUUGGAGAACAGCCUUUACCAAAGGUGUCAUGGGCUUUGAAGACACUCGAACUCAGGACGCAAGGGAGAAAUGUGGAAAACCCUCACUGUGAUCAACUCCGGCCUGUAAACCAAUGUCCCCACUGUGGAAGGACAUGUGGAUCCAGAAUAGGCCUCCACAGUCACUUAUGGACUCAUGGUUAAAACCAUGUUUAUGGAAGACAGUCUUACUCAGCUACAAGUGAUCGCCAAAGAAGAAAGAAGAUGGUUGGCUGUUGUGAGAGCAAGAUGCUGGACUAAAUGGGCUUCCAUUCUUCAUAGUGAAUGUCAAUUACCCUAAUUUACGUUAGAUGUACCUUUAAGCUGCCUGGCUGGAAAGUGCAUCGCAUUACUCAUCAGAAUUUCAGCUGGUUGGAGGGGAGGCACUGCAAACAAUUCAGUGAGUAAUGUUAUGAAGCUCCCCAAGCUUCCAGGACUUAGUCUUGAGGACAGAAUCAUUGUUAAGAGAAAGGAAUUAUAUGCUUGUAACCAAGGACCUUUUUAUGCUGAGCUUUCAAGUGGGUUUUUGGCUGUUGCCAGUUGACUCUGUGUGAAUGUGGCGACUGAGGGUGGAAUUCAGAUAAGUUUUACUUUGAAUAGACCUAUUGGGUGGGCUUCAACUAAGUUGACGUGUGCAUGGAACGAGGUCCAUUCAUGUAGCAGGACUUCCUCCCCCCCCCAUCUGCUCUGGGGGGGGUUAACUGUGCCUAAAUAAGGUUAACGGUCCACUUGAAUUUUGGCACUCAUUUGACAUUUGCCUUUGUACCCAUGCAGCUGUGACAUUUCCUGAUGCCUUGCUAAUCUUAACUGUGGUUAAAAUAAAUGAGAGCAUCCUACAAGUUUGUGUUCUCUCUUCUCCUGCUCAGUUCCUCCCCAUCCUUUUCCAGUGUCAACUAUGGGGUUGCAAAGGUUGCUGACCAUAGUUUGCUUCCAGUGAGAGCUAGAAAUGCACUUGAGUUGUUUUUAAUGGUCACUUCAAUGCAGACACGAUUCUGCCCUCUGGUCACUGCUGAAAAGUUAGGGGAGUUUCGGUGGAAGAAGAUGAGUCGGUGUGGAAAGAGGUCAAUAAAUGUUGCGUCUACCCAAGGUCAUAACACCAGUUGAGCAUCAUUGUGGUUGCUUUUUUAAAAAAGAGUGUGAGAGAGAAAAGAAUUAGAAUUUGGAAUCUGGGGGUGGGAAAUGCUAGGGAUGUCUUUUUCAAAACUGCAAUAUUAAUUCACUGCACAGAAUUGGUACCCCUAGCCCCAUAAUCAAGCAUACCAAUACUCAAGGGGAAUUAUUGCUGCUUUCAUAAAUAUUUGAGCCAAUGCUUUCUAUGAAGAGGUAAAGUGUUACAGUGCUAAAGCCAGUCAACAUUCUGUCAAUGGGCUUGAGAUUUUUGUUUCGUCCUUUUCUUCCAACUUCCCCUUUGUUCUUCUUUUCCAGUAGUGUCUUUCCUUUCUUCUACUGCUUUAUGCGCCAGAAUCCAGGACCAAGAAAAAUACAAAUGCGAAGCGUUUGUUGCUCGCGAAUCAGGAUGUGUGUGUUUGCAAUAAUUAACAAUAAGGUAUUGCUUGCAGACCAUCUUGCUGUAAUAGCCACUAGGGCAGAUGGCUUUCAAAAGGGGUUAGACUGAUUUGCAGAACAUCAGUCUUUGGCUUCAGCUGUUAUACACAAGAAUGAUCCUUCAUGUGUAUCUGUUUCCUAAACCUAUUUGUGUGUGCACGUUCUGCGCUCUGAAAUGCAUUUCAAAAUAUGCCGAAGUGUGCUGUCCGAUUGGGAGCUGUGUUCUGAUCCACAAGCAAGUUAGGGAGUGUCAGGCCAGUUUGGUCCCCUGAGAUAGCUCAGUCAGUCCAGCAGGAGACUCUUAAUCUCAGGGCUGUGGGUUCAAGCCCCAAGUCGCGGGGGUUAGGAUCCCAGCUCUACACUUCUAUGAUUCUGUGAAAAGUGGCCCAGACAAAUUCCUUCUCCACCCCUAACUUGUACACUUCCAUGACACAAGCCUUUUUCCUGUGUCAUUUAUAUGUGGUGGAUGCUCUGUGCUGUAUUAAAUGUGUUGCUGAAGGCUUGCAGGUUACAAUAGAAUUAAGGGGAGGGGCGUGGGUUUAAUGAUUCCACCUAAAGAACUGGGCACAAUUAAUAAGGACCUUUAUUCAUGAUUGAUUUUGAUAAUUUUGUUUUACCAAUAGGGAGGUGAAAGAUCAUCUGAAUUAUGAGCACAGAGUAUUUAAUAGUGAAGAAUUUAUGAAAACGAGAGCAGUGUGCGACCAGCAGUUUUACAAAAAGGUAAAUCUUCAGAACUGAUUUGUAUCAUUUUGUCACUCAACAUUAUAAGCAGAGUUUUAAAGAAUUCGGGUAUUUUGGAUGUGGCCUGUAGCUUUCCUUCACAAGUGUUCUUUUAUGGGAAGUACAUGAAUUCAAUGAUUUGUUUUUUUAAGCCAUUUAGCUUCUAGCUGUUUAUUCAUUCAUCCAUCUCGUUGUAUGUCCUUUGGUCUUACCUGUGCAGAACGGUUGAAAGAAGGAUUUUACCUUUUGGCAUAGCAUUAUGUAAUGGGAGAACCUUGACUAAAACCGCUGGAAAGGCCAGCUCCCUGAGUCCUUCUUCUGCCCUCUCCUCUGAGUGGAAGAGUCUGGACUAUGACAUCUGUUGCCAAGGACCAGGAAACUGCCAUGAAUAUACCUCAGUGGUAGCUGGUGGACCCUGGACCUGGUAGGGUGAAUUUGUGGGGCCCAGAAGGAUGAAUUAGCCAGCGUUAGUGGACUGUUAAAAGUUGCCACACAACAACAGGGGCUUCCUCAGCCUUCCAGACCUAUGGGAAAAGAUCAUUUCAUUCAGCCUGUAUAUUCACUUUUAGGCCUACUUCCCAGAUUAUGAAAUAAAGUGGUGGGAUAUUACUUGGUCUAGGAUCUGGGAGACCACGCAGCCAUGAAGUUCACUGCAAGAUCUUGGGCCAAACACUGGGUUUGGCCCCAAAUACCUACCCCACAGGGUUGCUUUGAGGAGAAUGUGGGGAAACGAAAGACCAUAAAUAUAAAACAAGAGGGGAGAUCUCCAGUCUUUCUGCCCCUGAUUCUAGGUUUGGAAUAACACGAGAACAAAAACUCAAGCAUAACUACCCGUAUUUUUCGCUCUAUAAGACGCACCAGACCACAAGACGCACCUAGUUUUUGGAGGAGGAAAACAAGAAAAAAAAUAUUCUGAAUCUCAGAAGCCAGAACAGCAAGAAGAAUCGCUGCGCAGUGAAAGCAGCAAUCCCUCUUGCUGUUCUGGCUUCUGGGAUAGCUGUGCAGCCUGCAUUCGCUCCAUAAGACGCACACACAUUUCCCCUUACUUUUUAGGAGGGAAAAAGUGAGUCUUAUAGAGCAAAAAAUACGGUAAAUCUAUAACAGUUAAAUCUCUUUUAACAUGACUAAAUCUGUACCAGUUAUUUGUUUAAACGUGCCCUUCUAAGCUGUGAGAUUGUCACACUUUGGUCUCAAGUGCCUGAGGACAAGUUGCGAAACUUACCCAAUGCCAAUAAUUUUAACAAGGGUCCGAAUUUGAGGGGCCUCCUUGGAGCUUGAGUGUCAGAUCCAAAUGCCCCCCACCUCUUCCUCAUCCCUCAACGCUAUAGGUCCUGGUCAUCCGUUGAACAUAAGCCACCAGCAUUGUUUUGGAAAUGGAUAACAAGAGUUUGCAGGGUGUCUUAUCAACAAAUUGUUGUUUGCGUGAUGAAAUUCUGGCAAGGCUGUCAGUGAUGACUGCAACUGUUGUGAAGCCAAUAUCCCAUGUCGAUAACAUGCCACCUAGUGGAUGAACGCAGCUAAAAAGGCACAUAGAGAAUAAAGAGAGAAUUAGAAAAGAAGGAACUCCCACCCCCCUCCUUUCAGUUUUUUAGCCCUUGCAUCGAAAAAGCGUAACAGCUCUGUCUCUUUACGACCACGUGCCUGUGUUCCUUUUCCACAAUUUUGGCCAGUGUACCAGCUUUCCCUCUUCUUGGAAAAGGCAAAUCUGGCUGCUGUCACGUCCUGGUUGAACUUUUGCAAUUUGCUUUAUGUGACCGCAAUAGAUCACAGGCGGAUUCUCCUCACAUGAACCCACCCGGACCCUGUGAUCAUCAACUGAGGCCCUUCUUUGUGUGCCUCCUUGGUGAGAGGUCUGGAGGGUGGCAACACGAGAACCGGGCCCUUUCUGCAGUGGCUUGUGGAAUGCUCUCCCCAGGAAGGAGAUUUGAAAGCCACAGAGCCUAGGACUUGCCAAUCAGAAGGUCGGCGGUUUGAAUCCCCGUGACGGGGUGAGCUCCCGUUGCUCAGUCCCUGCUCCUUCCAACCUAGCAGUUCGAAAGCACGUCCAAGUGCAAGUAGAUAAAUAGGUACUGCUCCAGCGGGAAGGUAAACGGCGUUUCCGUGCACUGCUCUGGUUCACUGCUCUGGCUUAGUCAUGCUGGCCACAUGACCCGGAAGCUGUACGCCGGCUCCCUCGGCCAAUAAAGCAAGAUGAGUGCCGCAACCCCAGAGUCGUCCGCGACUGGACCUAAUGGUCAGGGGUCCCUUUACCUAUACACACACACCACACACACACACACACACACACACACAUAUACAUACAUAUAUAUAUAUAUGUGUGUGUGUGUGUGUGUGUGUGUUUUCCCAGUGUGGUGUAGUGGUUAUGUAGCACCCUGCUUGUGGUUAACGCUUAGCUGGAAUGAAAUAUUCAACCUAGCAAUAGAGAAAUUAAAAUAAUAAUUUAUUUGUCAGACAAAUAAAUGAGAGACACAAUGGUAUAUGGUUACCAAAGCUCUGCCCACUCCAGCCCUGAUGGCCAGCACUUAUAUUUCCUCAGCCCAGCCCCCUUGCUCCUCCUUUGGCUGCCUCUGUCCAAUCAGCCUGGUUGAAAUUCCUAUUGGCUGUUUGCUAGAACCAAUCAUAAAAGAUACACCCAUUUCCUAUUACCUUUUAUGGGAGACAAAGAGCUAUAUUUCCUUCUAUCCAUAAAUGGCAGACAAGUAGCCAUAUAUCUUAUAUUUGCCUCGACCAGGCACCUUAAUUACCAGAUAACCUUUGGCCCCUGCUGCCCCUUUAUUCCAAAACAAAUGGCUAAAACAGAUGGCUCAUGGUAUUAAAUUUUGUCUAAACAGAGAUCUUGGGUUCACCUUCUCACACACCAUCAAUGAAAUAAGAAUCUAACAUAAGAAUCUAACAUUUCUUACUUUCUAAAUCCUUUGCAUAAUUACAUUAAGCCAAUAUAUUUCAUACAUAACAUAGAUAGAUUUUUAGAAGAAAAGGAACUUAGUAAAAACAGUUUCAAAAAGAAGCCUCUUCAGUUUACAACCCUCCUUUCCCAGCCAGCUGCUGUUCCUAUUAGCUCUUGCCCUUUAACCUUAUGAAAAUAUGGCUGAGUCUAAUGGGAGGCACCUGGUAUUAUUUCUUACUAUUUACCAACUCUUAAUUAGUGUUUUUGCAGCUUGAUUGUAUUCUGUAAUAUGUAUGGUCAGUAUGACCUUUGCUCCCAGCCUGUAAUUCCCUUUUACAACUUUGAGGUACUGCUAUAAAUCAGGGGGGCCCUGUUCAAGGAGAUAAACAACUGCCAAAGUACUUAGCCAGCUGCUUUAUGCCUGGCAUGAAACAUACAAACAUUUGCAAAUAUAUAUUUUUAAGCUCAUUUUAAAAGACAGGCCUUGAUCAGAUGCCUCAGUUAGGAGCGGUAGUCUCGUAAUCUGGGGAACCGGGUUCGCGUCUCCGCUCCUCCACAUGCAGCUGCUGGGUGAUCUUGGGCUAGUCACACUUCACUGAAGUCUCUCAGCCCCACUCACCUCACAGAGUGUUUGUUGUGGGGGAGGAAGGGAAAGGAGAAUGUUAGCCGCUUUGAGACUCCUUAAAAGGGAGUGAAAGGCGGGAUAUCAAAUCCAAACUCUUCUUCUUCUUCCCCCCCUUGAGACGGAGGGCCAUAUUGCUUUGUUUGGCAUCCCAUCCCUCAGCAAUGUCCACACUUAGUGAGCUCUGGCUAAGUUUAUCAUUGAGCACCAUUAUGCGGUUCACUCUGUGGUCCUGUUCCUUGAGUUUGAGCACAUGACUGCUCCCGGGAAGAAGAUCCUGUUGUUGUUUUUUUAAAAAGUUGCAGCAGCAGCUUGGAGAAGCAAUGGGUACGAUUAAGAGCAAAAAGGGAAAGGGAAAAAAAACAGCAAAAGGAAAAACAAACGCAGCAUUGGAAAGUUUCUUUUUUUAAUUUGUUUUUAUUUGUAUUUUGACAAACUAAUAACCAUAAAUAAAUAAGAAUAAAAAUGUGCACCCCACCACCGAUACCAUUCCGUUGUAGCUAUCCAACCUCACAAAAUUUCAACACCUCUUGCGAUGGUUUGACCCCUUUCCGUUUUAAGAGUACGAAUUCUACACUCUCCAUAUCUCCUCAAAAUCAUUUCUCCUGCAUAUACCUUAACGGCACGUGUUCAUUUAUCAUUAAUAAUUAUAUUCCACAUCUCUUUAUACCAUUCUUCCAUUUUAUAUUCACCUUGCCCCUUCCACUUCCUAGCUAUAAUAAUUUGCGCAGCUGGUCAAUAAAUUUGUGAGCGAGUCCUUCCUAGCCUGCAAACCUUCCACCCCAUCGUAAAUGGAUAAUAAUUCUACCUCUGGUCUUUUGUUCAUAGCAUUGGGAAGUUUCUUAGGUAAAUGCUUCUCUCCUUCCCCUCACAAAAAAACAAAACAGGUGAACUUCUGGUGUGAAGCACUAAUCCAGGCUUUCUCAGCCUCGGCCCUCCAGAUGUUUUUGGCCUACAACUCCCAUCAUCCCUAGCUAGCAGGACCAGUGGUCAGGGAUGAUGGGAACUGUAGUCUCAAAACAUCUGGAGGGCCGAGGUUGAGGAAGCCUGGUAUAAAGCAAUGGACCUAGCCCAGGCACCCCCAACCUACGGCCCUCCAGAUAUUUUGGCCUACAACUCCCAUGAUCCCUAGCUAACAGGACCAGUGGUCAGGGAUGAUGGGAAUUGUAGUCUCAAAACAUCUGGAGGGCCGAGGUUGAGGAAGCCUGGUAUAAAGCAAUGGACCUAGCCCAGGCACCCCCAACCUACGGCCCUCCAGAUAUUUUGGCCUACAACUCCCAUGAUCCCUAGCUAACAGGACCAGUGGUCAGGGAUGAUGGGAAUUGUAGUCUCAAAAUAUCUGGAGGGCCAAGGUUGAGGAAGCCUGCCCUAAUCGUAAGUGUGCAGACAUACAAGUCCAGCUUUAAGGGGACGCUUUGGGGCUGUUUCAUGUCAGUGAAUAGCUAGCCCUUCAAAUAUGUCAAGAUACUAACGUUGCUUUCCUGUUACGCUUUGCAGGUGCUGGAUACCUAUAUAUUUCACUUUUUCCUUAAAGCUCGCCUUAACAGAAGGAUGGAUGCUUUUGCCCGCCUAGAGCUGAGCACUGAAGCUGAGAAAGACAGGUGAAGAAGCCUUCUCACUAUUUAUACAGUGGCUGCAUGGCAAAAUACCCUUUUCUACUCCGCUGAACACAUGGCUAUUUUUCUUUUCUUUUCAGGAAGUUUUGCUACAGAAGCAUGAUUUAAAAUAAUCUUUGAAAUCCCUUGUCCCACUUCAUCAAAUAAUUACAUGGGUUGGUAAAUGUCUUUGGGUUUGUGAAACGCAGCCUGGCCUAUGCCCUAGCCUGGGUUUUCUUUUUUUUCUUUUUUAAAAUAUUUUUUAUUAAAUUUCCAAUUAACAAACCAAUCAUAUCACAUUAAUUCCAAAUUAUACCAAUACAUAAUAAACUCCAAAUAUUUAGCCGAAUUUUAAAUUUUUGUUGGGGGUACCCAUGCUUCGAGUUCAGAAAGGGUCCAAUCAUCUCAUAUUUCUGCUGCUUUGAUGUUCACAAGUCCCAUCUUUCCAUCUCUUUGUUGUUAUCCUUUACAAAUCCCAUCUUCCAAUCUUCUUCUUGUUAUCAUUUUUCUUUCUUUCUUUAUAACCUCUGAGAUUAUCUCCACAAGCGAGUUGAAGCAAACAAUAUUAUAGUCCUGUGUGGAUUUUCACGAUGAUCCAAAAGUUCUGUUCAAACGGCAGGCGCCAUUUCAGCAGUUCCCAUAAAAUACAGUCUAAGCGUCUGCUCAUUAACUUUCCCAGACCAGUUGCUCCAUAAAUCAGCCUUUCCAGGGGAGUUGUUGCCAAUUCAGCCAUGGAAUUCCGAUAUGAUAACAAAACCAUAGCACCUCUCCCCCUUUGACUGUAAAUCUUGCAACUAAGUCUGUCUCAUAAAGCCUGGGUUUUCUGAUGGCCAGAAGGGCAGAGAGUUUGUUGGAUCUUGCAAGUAGGUUAGAUAUAUAUUUAUGUUGUUAUCUGUAGGUUAACUUCAGUGCUCAGCCCAAGGAGGCCAACCAUGGAAAAAGUAAUUUCGAGAAGGUUUAACCCUCAGUACAUGAUGAGCAGGCGAAUGGGACUGAGCUUGCCUAAUCUGCAAGAGAUCGCGCCAAAGGAUGGCCCGACAAGGAAUUCGUCUCUUCGGCGUUUAGACGUGAAGCAAGGUAAGAGGAGAACUUAACUGGGCUGCUGUGGUUGUUUCUCUUCUCAUUCCAGUGUAAAUGAAAAAGAUAAAAUAAAUGUCAAAUACAGCACCCCUCUCUUGAACUGCAUUCUGAAGACCAAUCCAUGGCUGUUAGGGAAAGGUUGUCAGGUCUCAGAAUCCAAUUUCGUCCAACUGCAAAGCGCUGUGCCGUUACUUUCGCCAGCCUCCUUGCGAUCCUUUUCAGAAGAGUAAACAUAAGCAAGCCUUAUGGGGCGUUGAAACCAGUGUGGGGCAAGCAAAACAAUAGUCAAUGGCCUAUUGCAGGCAUAGGCAAACUUGCCCCUCCAGAUGUUUUGGGACUACAACUCCCAUCAUCCCUAGCUAACAGGACCAGUGGUCAGGGAUGAUGGGAAUUGUAGUCUCAAAACAUCUGGAGGGCCGAGUUUGGCUAUGCCUGGCCUAUUGCUUCCUAAUCUUACUUUCAUUAUCUUAAUCUUAUUUUUAUUAUUUGUACGCUUCCCAUCUGACUGGGUUGCCCCAGCCACUCAAGGCAGCAUUCAACAAAUAUAAAAGCAUAAUAAAACAUCAAACAUUAAAAAAAAACACUUCCCCAUAUAGGGCUGCCUUCAGAUGCCUUCUAAAAGUUGUAUAAUUAUUUUUAUUUAGUUGCAUUUGUUUUAGUUGUAAGCAAUUGUUUGUUCCCUUUUCCAGAUAUGAGAUCAACCUCUAAGUCAGUGACUACUUUCAAGAUCCCAGAAAUCCACUUUCCUCUUCUGAGCCAGUGUGUCUUUUCUUACUACCUUGAAUUUAAUAUUUAUCUCAGCAGAGCUAUAGAUAUUUUGUCUCCCGAUAACUCUGCGCUUCUGGCAAGGUAUUUCUACCUCCGGGGACUUAUUGGUUUGAUGCAAGGAAAGCUUCUGAAUGCGCUUUCGGACUUCCAGAACCUUUAUAAGACAGACAUACGGAUAUUUCCCACAGACCUUGUGAGGAAAGUGGUGGAAAACCUUCCUCCUUCCGAACGUUCCCAAGCAGAUCAGAAGCCAGAGCUGAAGAGGCUGAUCAGUCAAGUGAUGGAUAACCAAAGGGAAAUAAGCAAAGUAGACGACCGUGUGAAAAAAUUCCAGUUGCCAAAAACGCACAUGCAGCUGGAUGACUUUGUGAAGUUCGUUCAAGAAUCUGGGAUUGUCAGAGACACAGACACGAUUCAUCGGCUGUUCGACGCACUGACAGUUGGUAAGGGGUAAAAAAAUACGCUCGAAAGCAGUUGUUUUCGUCAGAAUUUUUCAUGCCUACCUUUUUUUCUUCCUUGAAUAUUGCUCUUACUGUUGAUGUAAAACAUGUUCAUUCCCUGAUACGUUUCUUGCUGCGAAGGAGAUGCUGGCAAACCUAACCAAAUCAGCAAGGUAUUGUACCAUAAACAUGGGAUGCGGGUGGCUCUGUGGUUUAAACCACUGAGCCUCUUGGGCUUGCCGAUCGGAUGGUCAGCGGUUCGAAUCCCCACGACGGGGUGAGAUCGCAUUGCUCUGUCGCAGCUCCUGCCAACCUAGCAGUUCGAAAGCACACCAGCGCAAGUAGAUAAAUAGGUACCGCUAUAGCAGGAAGGUAAACAGUGUUUCGGUGCGCUCUGGUUUCCAUCACAGUGUGCCAUUAUGCCAGAACAGUUUAGACAUGCUGGCCACAUGACCCGGAAAAGCUGUCUGUGGAUGAACGCCGACUCCCUUGGUCUGAAGCGAGAUGAGUGCCGCAACCCCAGAGUCGCCUUUGACUGGGCUUAACCGUCCAGGGGUCCUUUACCUUUACCCUUAUCUGCUAUAAACACAACACUCUGCACUGGACUAGAGCCUGAACUCAAAUCUCUUGCUUGAUCAUACAGAUCCAGGGUGAUAUGCAGGUUCUAGGGUGUGCCAAGGCUCCACAAGCAGGGUGAGAUUCUCCUCGUGAUGUAGAAGCCCAUUGCCUACCAAGUGAUUGCAUGCAUCCUGCAACCAAUAGCCACUAAGCAAAUACUGAUCUGCACCCGCCUGUUCUUAGUUCUCCAUUGCUAGCUUAUUGCAUAGUGUCUGAGAUGAUUACUGCAGUGCAGACAACAUUAGUAAUAAUCACUGAUGACUGGUUGGAUUCAUAUUCAGUUGUUACUUUGCUUCCAUAGAAUCAUAAGAGUUGGAAGGGACCACAAGAGUCAUCUAGUCUAACCCCCUGGAAUGCAGGGAUCUUUUGCCCAAUGCGGGGCUCAAACCCACAACCCUGAGAUUCCCAUGCUCUACUGACUGAGCUAUCUCUCCUUCUCUCCAUAUUUCGAUGUUCUUAUUAUCCCUUCAUGACUUUUACAGUCAUACCUCAUGUUACAUCCGCUUCAGGUUGUGUGUUUUCGUCUUGCGUCCUGCAGCAACCCAGAGGUACCGGAAUGGGUUACUUCUGGGUUUCGCUGCUCACGCAUUCGCAGAAGCACUAAAUCACGCUUUGCGCAUGCGCAGAAGCACCAAAUCGCGCUGCGCAGACGUGGUGCUUCAAGUUGCAGGCUUUUCGCAUUACGGGCAGCCUCCGGAACGGAUCCCAUCCGUAACACAAGGUACCACUGUACAGUGGUACCUUGGUUUAAGUACUUAAUUCGUUCCGGAGGUCCAUACUUAACCUGAAACUGUACUUAACCUGAAGCACCACUUUAGCUAAUGGGGCCUUCUGCUGCUGCCGCGCCACCGGAGCACGAUUUCUGUUCUCAUCCUGAAGCAAAGUUCUUAACCUGAAGCACAAUUUCUGGGUUAGCAGAGUCUGUAACCUGAAGCGUAUGUAACCUGAAGCGUAUGUAACCCGAGGUACCACUGUACUGUGUUUGCCCUAGUCCUGCAUCCGUAGCUUAAUAACGGUAGGAAUGAAAUGAGGCCAGUCUUGUUGCAGAGGAAAGGUCUAUGAGGGAAAAACAUGGGGUACUUUGGCUGAUUCUGUUGCUUCUCUGCAGCGCUAUCAUCCAAAGUGAGGUGGAUUUUAAAAAUGGCACCUACCUGGUGCAGGCAAAACUGCCAGCUUCACGUGGUUCGGUUGAUGUCUCAUUUUACACUUCUAAUAACCUGUGCAUGUUUGCUACUGAGAGCUGGCACGCUUUCCUUGGCCGGGUCUGGAAUCUGUCUCUGUGUAUAUUGGCUUGCACUGCCUAGGCUCAGUGGGAGACUGCAGCUAUGAAACGGGCAGCAAUUGCAGAGUUACUUGAACCAUACUUAAAAUGGUGAAUUGAUAAUAGCUGCUGAGGUAUUUUUUCAGAAGGCAGUUCUGCAGUCACAGAUGGUAUGUCUAGUAGCAGCUGAUUUUGGUUUUAUCUGUGGGACAUCGCGGCAGGUUUAGCAAUUGUUUUGUGGAUGAGGUUUAGCCAUCGCCCUGCUGUUGCUUCUCCAUGUCUUGCUGCCGAUCCGUUUCUCCAGUUCCUUCUGCGACUCGGUUGCCCACUUCAUCUCACUUGCCCCAUCUCUUCUUGUAAAGCCAAAUAUUUAUGAAGCCACUUCUUCCAUUCAGAAAAAAAGAGGAUAGAUACUUGAAUUCGAGAUGUUAGGGGCCGUAAUGGCAGAGGCAGCUGGCCAGGAAGAAGAAAAGCGAGAGCUUACUGUUUUUAUUUAUAUAUUAUUGAAAAUUUUCAGUGGAGAAAUAAACUGGAGGAAGGAAGGAAAGAAAUACAAAACAAAAAGAGAAAAGUGCUGCAAACUGUGACAAAAUACAAUGUACGGGUAUAUAAAUAGUAUGAUUAUUCCAAUGAAUAUAAAAUUAUUAACAAGUCAUUAUAAUUUUUAUAAAUGCAUUCCAAAUAUCAUUAUAUUUAUCUAUACACAAUCUGUAUCCAAAAGCAACCCGUUCAUAUGUUGAGUUAUCAUAUCUUGUAUCCAUUGAUCAAAGGUAUUCUCUUUCCAAUGAACCAAUAUCAGUCUUUUGGACGCAGUAAAGGUGCGAAGAGUCCAUCUAAGUUGAUCCGCUGUCAAACCCCAUAUUGUUGGCGUAUGGUUUAGGAUAAUAUUAUCAUCUCACAAUUUUUAUCCCGCCCCCCAGUAGUAUUUAUGCAUCCUAAUAGGUAUAGGUAAAGAUAAAGGGACCCCUGACCAUUAGGUCCAGUCGUGGGCGACUCUGGGUUUGCGGCGCUCAUCUUGCUUUAUUGGCCGAGGGAGCCGGCGUACAGCUUCCGGGUCAUGUGGCCAGCAUGACUAAGCCGCUUAUGGUGAACCAGAGCAGUGCACAAAAACGCCGUUUACCUUCCCACCGGAGCGGUACCUAUUUAUCUCCUUGCACUUUGACUUGCUUUCGAACUGCUAGGUUGGCAGGAGCAGGGACCGAGCAAUGGGAGCUCACCCCGUCGUGGGGAUUCGAACCGCCGACCUUCCGAUCGGCAAGUCCUAGGCUCUGUGGUUUAACCCACAGCGCCACCUGCGUCCCUAUGCAUCCUAAUACUUUCCUCCAAAAAUUCUUAAGCGUUGGACAGUGCAUAAACAUAUGUUUCAAACAAUCAUUUUCCCUAUUACAUCUCCAGCGACAUGUUGUCAUAGAUAAUCCCUUUCUAUAUGAAUGAAACAGAGUCCAAUAAAUUCUAAAUGUUGUAAGAUGUGGUUUAUAAUCUCAAAACACAUUUGCCACAGAAGCUAAAACCUUGUCCCACUGCUUGGGUGAAAGGAGGAACUAGUUUGGCUUUGUGUAGAAAUAUUAACAAGGGAUGCAGGUGGCGCUGUGGUCUAAACCACAGAGCCUAGGACUUUCUGAUCAGAAGGUCGGCAGUUCGAAUCCCCGCAAUGGAGUGAGCUCCCGUUGCUCGGUCCCUGCUCUUGCCAACCUAGCAGUUUGAAAGCACAUCAAACUUCAAGUAGAUAAAUAGGUACCGCUCUGGCGGGAAGGUAAAUGGCGUUUCUGUGCACUGCUCUGGUUCGCCAGAAGCGGCUUAGUCCUGCUGGCCACAUGACCUGGAAGCUGUACGCCGGCUCCCUCAGCCAAUAAAGCGAGAUGAGCGCCACAACCCCAGAGUCGGCCAUGACUGGACCUGAUGGUCAGGGGUCCCUUUACCUUUACCUAGAAAUGUUAACAGGAAAUAAUGGUUCCUUUCAUUUAAGGACAUCAGAAACAAAUAGACCCAGAAACAUUUAAGGACUUUUACACCUACUGGAAGGAAACAGAAGCCGAAGCGCAAGAAGUAAACCUGCCUCCCAGCGUGAUAGAAUGCUUAGACAAAAACGAAUGUGUCUACAAGUUGUCGUCCUCUGUUAAAACGAACAAAGGAGUUGGGAAAAUAGCCAUGACUCAGAAGCGCUUGUUCCUUCUGACGGAAGGAGUUCGGCCCGGCUACCAAGAGAUUGCAACUUUCAGGGACAUAGAGGUGAGUGCGACGUAGACUCAGUAGCUGAAUUCCCUAAUUUUGAAGAUAUGUAUUAUACGACUGCAGAUUUGGGGCUACCUUAUAUCCCAGUUGGUGGCCUUUAUAGAGGCCUUUUAUAUAUUUAUGUGCUUUAGGGCUGAUGGUGGUAUGCACAAGAAAUAGUUGAGGCCAUCCUAUAUCUAAAACAGUCCUUAUCAUCUUGUGUACGUGUUUGGCUUUUAACAUCAGUUUUGCCAUGCCAAAGUUUAAUUUUUCGGGUCAGUUGUGUCUGGGGGCAUGUUUGGCAACCUGUUCAGCCCUGGAAAUUCUUGCCAUCUCUUACUGGAACUCGCGUGCAAACUCUCCCACCCACCAGUAUUUUAAUAAUAUCGCAUACAGGGGCCCUGUUGCAUCUGCUGCAGGUUUGGAGAACCUUUGGCUAUCUGGGUGCUCCUGAACUUCAGUUCCCAUCAGCCCCAGCAAGCAUAGCCAAUGGCCAGGCAUGAUGGAAUUUGUGGUUCCGCAACAUCUGGUGGUUUCUCCACACCUGCACUACUGUGACCAUUGUUUGUUUAGAGCAGGCAUGGCCAAACUUGGCCCUCCAGCUGUUUUGGGACUACAAUUCCCAUCAUCCCUGACCACUGAUCCUGUUAGCUAGGGAUGAUGGAGUUGUAGUCCCAAAAACGAGCUGGAGGGCCAAGUUUGGCCAUGCCUGGUUUAGAGAAAAGCAAGCCUCUGUAAAUUGCUUAGAAUCCGAGGAACUGAAAACGUUACGGGGAAGGGAUUUGGAGGAGACGGCUGUGUAGCUGUACUUUGCCUCACUUCAGUUUUAAGUUCUAAUUUCUCCGCCUUCUCCCACUGCCCCCAAACCCAGGAAGUGAAGAGUACGACAGUUGCUUUCCUGCUUCUCCGGAUUCCCACCCUAAAGAUAAAAGCCAUGUCCAAAAAGGAGGUUUUCGAAGCAAAUCUUAAAUCUGAAUGUGACCUGUGGCACUUGAUGGUGAAGGAGAUGUGGGCCGGGAAGAAAAUGGCGGAUGAUCACAAGGUCUGGCACUUUGAAUUGGCAGUUGAAAUAUGUUUUGUAUUGUCAAAAGAAAAGUUUUGUAUGCUUUUACUAUGGCACUGUGGGUUAAACCACAGAGCCUAGCACUUGCUGAUCAGAAGGUCGGCGGCUCAAAUCCCCACGACGGGGUGAGCUCCCGUUGCUCGGUCCCUGCUCCUGCCAACCUAGCAGUUUGAAAGCAAGUCAAAGUGCAAGUAGAUCAAUAGGUACCGCUCCGGCGGGAAGGUAAACGGUGUUUCUGUGCAUUGCUCUGGUUCGCCAGAAGCGGCUUAGUCAUGCUGGCCACAUGACCCGGAAGCUGUACGCCGGCUCCCUUGGCCAGUAGGGCAAGAUGAGCGCCGCAACCCCAGAGUCGGUCACGACUGGACCUAAUGGUCAGGGGUCCCUUUACCUUUACUUACUAUCUCAUUGACUUUCCAAAUUCCCAUGUUUCGCUCGCCUUCAGUUGUAAGAGAAGAUUAAUUAUUAGAGAAGUGAAGUGACCAAUUUUGCCAAGACUGCAGCCAUCGUUACAAAAACCACGAUACUGUUGAUGAAUGCGCCUGACAUCUUCUGCAUCCAUAUUUUAAACAACCGUUUUGUUGUAUGGCUUCCUUGGCGCACAUUUCAACCUGAUUCUGGAUGGAUUGGUGCAAUCCGUUUUUACUGUUAAUGAGAUGGUAGUUAAGAGUCCUGAAGGAAAGUAUUUCCUCCCCUAAACUUAAUAAGUAAAUAAACAAAGGCUUCAUAUUGUUAGAUUGAAUUUGGUAAUGUGAUUAUAUAGAAUUUUGCAUUAUGUACACAUGCAAAGCCGAAUGGGAUGAUCAUGGACAUACACAUUGGGAGAUAAGCAUGGGCUUUUUCUUAAAACAAAAGGAACAGAAGGCAAAAAGCAAGUAUUAUUAUUAUUUAUUAAAUCUAUAUACUGCCCUGUACCCGGAGGUCUCAGGGCGGUUCACAGAACAUAAUGGCUUCUUUUCAUUUUGUCCCCUAGGACCCUCAAUAUAUUCAACAAGCACUUACGAACGUUCUCUUGAUGGAUGCAGUCGUGGGUAUAUUGCAGUCCUCUAAGAUCAUUUAUGCUGCUUCCAAGCUAUCUUACUUUGACAAGAUGAAGAAUGAAGGUGAGCUGGUUUGCGGCUUAAAUGCUCCUGCUAGAACUGUUGUUCUGUAUCUAAGAGCGUCGUCCAGAUCUCUAUUGGGCCAAAGCAUCUCCAAUCAUGCACCAAGCCCAGGAAUACCUAGGGGCCAGAGUACAUUGUGUCAGAGUUUGACUGCACCCAAAGGCCCAGGGCUAAUAGUAGGGGGAGCAGAAUGCUAGGACCUGUUGUGUGACUAUUCUGACUGCCUUCCAAACGGACUUCUGUUUUCGUUCUGUGACUGGCCUUUAUUUCUUCAGGCAUUUGCAUGUGUUUAUCCUCCUGGGCAGGGAUGUGGGUUUCGCUGUGGGUUAAACCACAGAGCCUAGGACUUGCCGAUCAGAAGGUUGGCGGUUCGAAUCCCUGCGACGGGGUGAGCUCCCGUUGUUUGGUCCCAGCUCCUGCCAACCUAGCAGUUCGAAAGCACAAAGUGCAAGUAGAUAAAUAGGUACUGCUCCAGCGGGAAGGUAAACGCCGUUUCCGUGUGCUGCUCUGGUUCGCCAGAAGCGGCUUAGUCAUGCUGGCCACAUGACCCAGAAGCUGUCUGCGGACAAACGCUGGCUCCCUCGGCCAAUAAAGCGAGAUGAGCGCCGCAACCCCAGAGUCGGUCACGACUGGACCUAAUGGUCAGGGGUCCCUUUACCUUUUUAUCCUCCUGGGCCUGACAGUAACUUUGAAAAACAACAACAUGUAUUUGUCUGCUCUUCUUCAGUGCCCAUGAUGGUCCCCAAAACAACAAGGGAAACGCUCAAGCACAAGAUUAAUCCGUCAGCUGGGGAAACUUUCCCACAAGCAGUAGAAGUCUUACUUUACACACCAGGUAUGGAAUACUGUAUUCCCGGAAGGGGUGCGUGUCAGGGAACAAUUGGAGUUGGUGGCAUUCAGUGACAUUACAGCACCCCAGUGUGUCGGGAUGGGGUAUGUUGGCUUCUCAACAACUGUAGAAGCUGGGGUAGAUAACAGAAAGAGGCCUCCUGAUGAGAUACAUGGCCGAGGAGAGGAGGCAGUAAGAACUCUGGUAUCCUCAUUCCAAGGCCAAAUAUUUAUCUCACUAAAAAGGGACGUGGGUGGCGCUGUGGUCUAAACCACUGAGCCUCUUGGGCUUGCCAAUUGGAAGGUUGGUGGUUCAAAUCCCUGCAACGGGGUGAGCUCCUGUUGCUCGGUCCCAGCUCCUGCCAACCUAGCAGUUCAAAAGCAUGCCAGUGCAAGUAGAUAAAUAGGUACCGCUCCGUCAGGAAGGUAAACAGUGUUUCUGUGCGCUCUGGUUUCCAUCAAAGUAUUCUGUUGUGCCAGAAGCGGUUUAGUCAUGCUGGCCACAUGACCUGGAAAGCUGUCUGUGGACAAACACUGGCUUCCUCCGCCUGAAAGCGAGAUGAGCGCCGCAACCCCAUAGUCGCCUUUGACUGGACUUAACAGUCCAGGGGUCCUUUACCUUUUACCUUUAUUUAUCUCACUAUUCUGUGUAGGCUAAAUCAGGGUUUCCCUUAACUGGGUCUCCAGUUGUUUUGGACUACAAUUCCGAUCAGUGGUAAGCCACUGGUCCUGCUAGCUAGGGAUGAUGGGAUUUGUAGUCCAAAGAAGAAAAAGCUGAAGACACAAGUUUGGAAAACCCUGAGCUAAAUGACACAUGACAGAGUAGUUCAGGAGUGAAUACCAUACUGCAGUGGUUCUCAGAGGCUGUGGCAGAAAAGGAUGACAUUCAAGGACAAUCAAAGGAACAUAUAAGCAUUUCAGUGUAGUAUAGCAUAGUAUCAAAAUAAUUUAUUUUCGCUAUGCAACCAGAAAAAGUGUUUCUUCUCUUUGUGCUCCUCCCAGUCUAGAAAGUGCCAGUACUUUAAGCUGAAGAGUGGAUCUUAUAAUCACCACCUGUGUUGGAAAUAGUUCAAGAGCAGGUCUUCCAGUAAAACUGAUGGAUUGAAACCUGCAUCCUCUUCAUUCUUGGCUCUGUUAAGCUUUGUAAAAUACAGGGACUGUCUUGAACAAAAACACAGUGAAAAAGGUAACAGCUGAGGGAGACGUUAAUAGGCAUCAGGAAUACAGCUGCUCUUCAGUGUUCCCCAGUAACCCAAUCUGUAAGAUGGCAUAGCCAGAUGUAUACUCUUAGAUAGUACAUUGCUCGAUAAUGUAUUUGGUUCAAACGUAUUUUAUAUCAAGUGUGUCACCGUUUUCUCCUUCCAACGCUUAGGGCAACUUGAUCCAGCAGAAAAGCAUGGGGAUGCCCACCCAAAAUUAUGGUGUGCCUUAAAUGAAGGGAAGGUGGUCGUGUUCGAUGCAUCUAUGUGGUCCAUACAGCACUAUCUUAAAGUAGGAAACUCUAAACUGGUAAGCAACACUGUGCAAGUACCGCAUAAUUUUUAAUUUGCUGGCAAAAAGUAUUGAAACGCAAAUGGGCGUUUUGGCUUUUUAAGCUUUUCCAUCCUUUUAGUUUUUGCUUUGGUAGAUGUGAGUUGUAGUGGGUUUUUUUCUGUUUCAUUGCUAUUUAUGUGACAAUAUAUUCUGUCCAGAUAUACUGUAUCAGGAAAUCCAGGGAAUGGCGCAGAAGGAAAACCACCUGUGUUUUUUUCUUGGGAGGUAAAUAGUGGCUAGCUGCUAAUGAAAUUGACGCACACUGUUUAGAAUUCUUCAAGGCUUCACUGAGAGAUGGGGGCAAAGAGACUUUAAGGAGGACUUGAGAGGCGCAGGUUUCUAUGCAACAUAUGUCAGAAAGGGGUACAGGUGUUUCCUUAAGUUCAGUAGAGACAGAUGCUUCUCCUCCCUCAGAGAACAGUGUUUGGGAUAGGGAACUGCCCAUCCAAGAGGCUCACGGUUACACACAGUUAAGUGGAAUUUCACCUCUGGAAAACAUUUGUGUGUCUUUCAGAAUCAUCAAGGCUUUUCAGGGAUUUAACUUUUGGGUGUGAUUUUGAGAGCUUCCAUGUUGCAGUGAUAUAGUUUUGCUGAGUAUUUCUUCUUCUUACAAAUGCAGAAUUGUAUGGUAAUGGUGGAACAAAGCCAAGUCUGGAUCGGUUCUCAGGACUCCAUUAUCUAUUUGAUCAACACCCACAGCAUGUCUUGCAAUAAGCAGCUGAACGACCAUCGUUCCGAAGUUGUGGACAUCAUUGUGAAAAACGGGGAUAGCAGCUCCAGGUCAGCUAAAUAUAUAGUAUGGCAGGUUCUCUUGUUCAAAGACCAACUGGGAUUGUAUCCUGAGUGUAAGGGACCAGGAGAGAGAGAGAGAAAGAGAGAGACUUCUAUUAGUGGACCCUCUUUUUCCUCAAAGUGUUUCCCUCAAAAUGGAACUAUGAUGUGCUGCCAAAAACCAGACUGUGAACCUCCUGAUAGGCAGCUGCUUGAGGAAUUUCUGAGCCCCUGUUUCUUAGGACCUCUUCCUUUCAGCCCACCUCUAGGUGAAAAAUGGAGAGCAGCUUUGAAUUUAUUUCCCCCCAAACCUAGAGGACACAGAACUUAUUAACAAAGCUUAAUGGAAACUGUUGUUGGAAUACAAGGGGGUAGCUUUACAACUGUGCAGUCUGAGCAUGUGGGGGAAAUUUUAUUGAGAAGUUCAUUUUUUAAAACCCAAUGAAGCCAAAUGUCCAAGGAAUUUCAUGGGGAAGGAAAAGGAAGCACAGUAAAAGGGUUGCACAUGAGAGCUGUGGGAACUACAACCAUUCAUGGCUUUUGCGAGAGAAGCUGGAUGAUGCACCAGUUUGUAAAACAUUUCUGUUCUCUUGUGCAUGUCUGGGUAUCCACUUGAAAUAUUCCACCUAUAAAUUUUAAGUGAAAAACAGAGACAGGGAACCUGCAGUCCUCUUGUCGCCAUGCACUACAAAAUCCCUGACUCCUGGUCAUGCUGGUUGUGGCUGGUUGGGAGGUGAAGUCCAAUAAUUUCUGGAGGUCCAAAGGUUCCCUUGCCCCGAGGUAGUGGCUGGUUCUCUCCUGUCACCUGCAGAACUUUCUAAUCCAUGAGAUGUGUCAAAAUAGCAAGAAAACUCCUUGCGAAGAGGUGAGCUUAGAAACUAGAAAAUGUACGUAAUUCAUCUUCCAGUCACAUUUUCGCCUUUUGUCCAGGUGGAUGUUGGGGAGGUAUGAGUACAUUUGAAAUAAGAGCAGUCCAGUUUUGAGCUGAGGUCUUAGUUCCAAAAGCUGGUUCCUCAGUAGUGUGUGUGUGUGUGUGUCUCAAUAUCUAAUUCAUGAGAUCGGAUAUAGUAGGCUAUUUUACGGAUAUAAACAGCAGCGCAGCCCUAAAGCAGGAGAAAUGUUAUUGGACAAGUUUUAGUUCACUCCUUCUGCAUUGCAUUGAAGGGAGGCUAGAAUCUAGAUACCACAAAACUUGGAAUGUGAUCUUUUUUUUAGCUUAAAAGCAGGAGGGGUAAAGGUAAUGUUUGAAGACUGAACAAUACACACACACACACAGACUUCUCUGGCAGAUAGUGACUCAUGAAUAGAAUUACAUGUUGUUACCUCAACCACAGUACAGUGGUACCUUGGUUUUUGAACGUCUCGGAAUUUGAAUGUUUCGGUUUUCGAACAUCGAAAACCUGAAAGUAAAUGCUUCGGUUUUUGAAUGCUUUUUGGAAGUUGAAUGUGCCACACGGCUUCCGUAUUGAGUUUUGCGUAAGUAAAUGCUUCGGUUUUCAAACGUUUUGGAACUCGAGCUGUCUUCUGGAAUGGAUUAUGUUCGAAAACCGAGAUACCACUGUAUUAAUUUUUAUGUCGACUUGUUAAAUUUUUUUGUAACACAUGUCCUAACAUCACGUACUUUCCUUGCGCAUGCGCAGUGAGGCCUGUUCUUGCAGCGUGGAUGGGACAGUGAUUAUGUGGGACAUCAGCACUUUGAAAGUGAACCACAGAUUCCAGCUGCCCUGUGAAACUCUGACUGCUAUCAAAUUCCACAGUAACAGGCUUUGGUGCUGUAAGUUUCUGUGUCUUCAUCUACCUGAAAAGAAUGUAAUUUAAAAGGAAGAGGGUGGGGAAGCCAUAUCUGACUUCGAUUCAUAAGAAAUCAGCCACCUUCAGCCUUCCCCUGCUCUUUCUUGGAGACCGUCACCCAAAUGCUUAUAAUAACUUUAGCGGAUUUCAGCUGAAACCGUGGGACUGAUUAAAUUAAAUUUCAUUUCUGGGAAGACUCUUCCUUGCUGCAAAUGUAAGCGUGUUGUUUCAGUGCUUAGUCAGAAGCAUUUCUCUGCAUUAGGAAGAGAGCUCACCUGGUGCUCAUGACCCUGACAAACUCCUAUCAGAAACAGGAGUUUUCCUAACAGCGUUGGUAUUCCCCUUCAAUGCUUACUAGGAAGAAGGCAGCACCAGAAAAUAGGGGGAGCCCCCAGAAGGUGCAGUGAACCAGAUUAGGGUCCCAAACAUGUUCUCUUUUCUUUCCUGUGAAUCAUUUACAGUGGUACCUCUAGUUACUAACUUAAUUUGUCCCGGAGGUCUGUUUUCAACCUGAAACUGUUCUUAACUAGAGGCGUCCUUUUACUGAUGGGGCCUCUUGCUGCCGCUGUGCCGCCGGCACACAAUUUCUGUUCUCAUCCAGGGGCAAAGUUCUCAACUCAAGGUACCGUAUUUUUCACUCUAUAGGACGCACUUCCCCCCCUCCAAAAAUUAAGGGGAAAUGUGUGUGCGUCCUAUGGAGCGAAUGCACGCUCCCUGGCUUCAGCGAUAGCAACGCGAAGCCUCUGAAGCGCAGAGGGAGCACUCCCUCCACGCUCCGGAGGCUACGUGUUGCUUUCGCUGAAGCCUGGAGAGCUAGAAGGGUCGGUGCGCACCGACCCCUCUUGCUCUCCAGGCUUCAGGGAUAGCCGCCUGAAGCUUUUGGAGCGCAGCGGGACAUCGUGCUGCGCUCCGAAGGCUUUGGGUUCCAUUUGCUGAAGCCGGGAGAGCAAGACUCCUGGCUUCAGCAGAGAGGGGGAGCUGCGCAGCACUCCUUCAGCGAAACGGGAGGAGGAAUGGAAGGGGCUCCAUUUCUCCUGCCGCUUAGCUGAAGGGGCGCUGAGCAGAGAGGGGGAGAAUUUUUUUCCUCUUGUUCUCCCCCUCUAAAACAAGGUGCGUCCUAUGGUUGGGUGCGUCCUAUAGAGCGAAAAAUACGGUAACUUUUCCAGGUUAGCAGAGUCUGUAACCUGAGGCGUUUGUAACUGAGAUGUUUGUAACUCGAGGUGCCACUGUAUAUCCUUUUGCUAAACUAUUCCAUAGUUAAGAAUAUUAGUGUUAAGGUUAGAAACAGAAAUACAAGGUGUGACCGGAAAGUUGGGUGAAUGGUCACAGAAAUCGGACAGAAAUCUGAUACAAUGCACCAUUGACAAUCUUCGUAGAACUUUUGGAAACUUCUGGAGAAGUCCUCUUUUCAUACUGCUUUCAGUUCCCUCGUCACAGCAGCUUGGACAUGUGAAAUGUUGGGAAAUCUGUGCCCUUUCAGGGCAGAUUUCAGUUUUGGAAAAAGAAAUAAAUUUGGUGGGGCCGGAUCGGGAGAAUAUGGAGGGUGGGACAACUCAGUAACCUCAGGAACGAAUGAAUGAAUUUAUUAAUACAGUCACAGACCAGCGCCAACACACGCAACAUCACAGAUCAUAAAAAAUAUAUAUAAAAAAUACAAAGGACAAUAUAAGUAUAACAAGCAUUUAAAUAUAAAAAAUUAAAAUUAAUUAUUAACAUGCCCCCUGCUGUUAACAUUUGGGGGUUUGGUCACCAUGGGAUACCACUUGCUUCCUGCGACUAAUUGCAGCCGCACAGAAUUUGGCUACAUUUAAUGUAGUCUUGGGAUUCUUGUCCUCUAGCAGUGGUUCCAAACCAUGGUGUUCCGACUCUUUCCUGGACUUCCGCAAAACAGGUGCAAUAAAAGUCGAACGUAUGUCCUCAUAAAGACGACAGUGUAACAGCACAUGUGAAGCAGUCUCAUAACCUCAGGAACGAUUUCACAUGGGAUAUGAAAUCCUUUUGCCAUCCUUCAGAUGGGCAAACGCUGAUCCCACAUCAAUAACUCUUGAACUCUGUCGCCAUUUGCUGCCGUUCAGUUUGUUGACGGUCUGCCAGACUGAGGGUCAUCUUCAAUUUUUUGCCACCCUUCACGGAAAUGCUUAAACCACUCAUACGCUGUCUUUUGGGUUACAGCUUCAUCUCCGUACACAACUGUGAGCAUUUCGUGGGUUUCCGAUGCCGAUUUACCCCAUUUGAAACAGAAUUUCAUAUUGACUCUCUUCUCCAUUUUCAAUCACAAUGCAACAUCACAAGGGAUUGUUGCUUUAGGAAAGCGAGAAAAAUUCUCCGGGAUGACUCACACCCCGGCCAUCACCCCUUUAAUCUUCUACCCUCGGGCAGGAGAUAUAGAAGUAUAAUCAUCCGUACCAACAGGCUAAAAAAUAGCUUCUAUCCAUGGGCUGUUAGGCUGUUGAACAGAAAAUAAAAUAGCGAAAUUGACUUGCGAGGUGGUGUGUUGUUCGAUAAGAGAUUGAGUGUUUGGGGGUGGGGGAGGGAGGCUCGUUUAAUUUCAUUGUACACAGGUUGUACAAUGACAAUAAAGGUAUUAUUAUUAUUAUUACUAAACAGCCCCAAGACGGACAGGUCAUGGCCGAGAGUUUAGACUAAAUGUGAUCCACCUGGAGAAGGAACUGGCGAACCACUCCAGUAUUUUGCCAAGAAAACUCCAAGGACACAAAAAAGGAGAAGCUUUGAGAAGAAAGUGAGAGUUUCCAAGGCAUGCUCUGGUUCAUGGGGUCACGGAGAGUCGAACACGACUAAGACGACUAAACAACAACAAAACAGCUGCCACAUGAACGUAGGCUGUCAACAAAUGCUGAGACACCUGGUCAUAUGUUAGCUGAGAUAUGGACAGACACCUCCCACAUCCAUCAGUUCCUAUUAUCAUGUACAGGGGUGAUUCACCCUACUUUUCGGUCAUGCCUUGUAUCAUUUAGUGUAAAGGAUCCAUGCACCACCAUCUUCAUUUCUGCUUUAAUGAGACAAUAAUAUCUUUGUCACUAAGCGCUUUAUGAAUGUUUGUUUUAAGGUAUAGGGAGCUGUAUUCUUGUCCUCUCAACAAAUGGUAUUAUUCAGCAAAGGGUACAAAUGGACGACAACGUGAGAGCUAUGCCCUUCUUCUGUUUCCAGUUGUUCCCCGAGGUAUGUAACAGUAGAUUGCGACAGUCGAUUUGUUAUUACCACCUUAACCUAAACGCGCUAGACAAUCCUUUGCAUUAAUAAGAGUAUUCUCCUGCCUUUCUCUUCGCUUUUGCCUUAGAGUGAGCAAGUGCUGGCAUCAUGUUCAGCGAGCACUGAGUUGUAUUUCUGGAACAUGACUGAUCUCUCGACACCCUCUCAAAAGAUCAGCCUGCAAGACUGCUCAGAGAUCACAUGUAUGAUGAAAGUUAAAAACCAGGUAAAUCGGAUGCAAAGGAACUCUGUUUGCCUCUCGUGGCUUAUUCAGUGAUCUCAGCUAUGAUACAGAAGUCUGCCUAGGUUUAUGCAAGAGCUGCUUGCUAACUCCGUUGAAUUGUGGUUAGGGUUUCACUUCUCCCCUCUAUAAUUACAAGCCGCUUUUGAAGCUCCUCUCAGAUUUGCCACAUCACAAAUCUAAAGUUCUGUUUGGCUCAUGGAUUUGGUUUCAGGGUUCUUUAGCUAUAAUCCCCUCAUUGUUUAAUGAACCAGCCGCACUUGGAAAGUAUUUUUUUUGUAUUUUUCCUUCAAGGACUCCAGAAUGGCAUUACGUAGCUUUUUCAUGUUGCAUCCAGAAUUAGUGAAGGCAAAAUGGUGUGUUCUGUCAUUUAUCAGUUUGCUUGUAUCUGACAGCCUGUGGAUAACCAUACUCUCCUCUUCCUAGUUAUAACUACCAACUAUUUAUAGUUUACUUGCAAUGGAGUGGGCAGUCUCAAAUACCUUAUUUUAAUUUAAAUAACAAUUACCGUACUACUCCGUGUAUAAGACCAGGUUUUUUUCUGUAAAAUUUAUGUUUAAAAGUUGGGGUCGUCUUAUACAUGGAUAGUGCAUAGGGUGGACGUUUGAUUGGUUGUUGCCACGGCUGUCAGCGGCUUUUGGACGUCUUAUGGUUAUUGCGUCAAUGGCCGGUGUUGAUUGGCUGGCGCUGUGGUAAUAGGGCGGGUGAUUGGCAGCUUCUGCCAGCGAGAGGACAGUCAAGAGGUGGAUUUUGUGAUGCGUGUUGGUGAGCGAUUUUUGGCAACCCCACAAAAAAAGGUCAACAACUCUGGGUAACCCCCCAAGCUCAACAACUCUGUGCCAUCUCCCCCCAUUUUCUUAAAUUAGAGCCGCCCAAAAUAGGGGGUGUCUUAUACAUGGAAAAGUACGGUAAUAUAAUAUACCGUAUAAAAGUGUGGUAAUAUACGGUGAUGCUAGCUUUCAUGGUUACUAAAUGUUAAACUUCACUUGGUUAUGCAGCUAACAUGUCAAGUUGAUCCAUAUUACUAUGUAGUUCUCUGUUUUCCUGUUUCAACAAAACACCUUCUCAGAAAUGUAUGCUGAGGCAUUAAAGAUGAGAUAUAUAUUUGUGUCUCCUGAAGGUGAUCACAUAUGCCAAAACAAGUUGGGCAUUAGUACUUGUAUUAAUAAAUUAGCUGUUAGUCACCAGUUUGAGGUGUCUCCCAUCUCCUUGCUUUCUUGCAGCUGCUCCUGUUACUGCUGGAAUAAAUGAUAAAAUAAUCCAUAUUUACACUCACAAUGGAAAUACAGUGUUUUGUUUUAAAAGGACAUGUUUGCCUUUCAGAUAUGGGUUGGCGGCAGAGGUCUUUCUCAAGGCAAAACCAAAGGAAAGAUCUAUGUGGUUGAUGUGGAAAAGAAAACGGUGGAGAAAGAAUUGGUUGGGCACAUCGAUACGGUGAAAGCUCUUUGCUCAGCAGAGGACAGAUACGUUCUUAGCGGCUCUGGAAAGGAAGAAGGGAAGAUAGCAAUCUGGAAGGUUGAAUAAAGUUCAGUGUUUCAGUUUUGUUUAAUUCAGUUUUUAAGGCUGGGUACAGAGAGUCCGUUGGCUUCAGUCUUGCGUGUAUCUUGUUCUUCCUUCAAUGUUUUAACUUAUCAGAUCACUUUUCAGGGUAAUUGUUCUAGAAUUUCUGUUCUAGAAUAGCAGAAGUAAAUUUAUAUUAUGACCAUGAAUACACUGAGUAAGAAACUUGAAAAUGCACUAGGAAAUCAUUGAAUGAGUCUUUAAUAUCAAAUUGUAGAUACCACCUGAAGUUUAUUAUUUGCUGCGUUGUAGGAUCAAUGGCACCUUGUUCAGACAGCGUAAUCGGGUUCUGUGCUUCCUGAACGACAAACUGUUGCAGUGAAAUUAAUCGGGCAAAGUCCGUUAAGCUUAGAAGGGUGAAUGAUGACUAUUGCCCUUAAGAUUAUACACUGUAUAGAUCACUAUAGUAAAAUAUAAGCUUUUCCCGCCCAAGGUGAGAUUUUUCCACUAGCAAUAGUGCAUUGAAGAAAUUUCCCCUUCUGAGGAUUGUGGUUACUUUCUGAUCUGAAAGUAAAUUGUAAAUCACAUUCUCAAUUCCCUAAAAGUGGGACUGCUGCUUUCUUUGUUUAUACGUUUAACACACUCCAGUGAGAUGGAAUAAUUUUAUAUUGUACCUUAAUUUUCAAAGGUGCUCCCAUUUAUUUGUGAACAUAAGCUAUGCCACUCCUCCCUUUUCAAAUGCUCUGACUUCCUGCAGCCUUUCAAAAAGUUUGCAAGUUACAUUGCCAGGUGCAUCACACAAAACGCCGACUUGAAGCAACUGGUGCUCUGAUACGUUUCCCUUCAACAGACAUUCACACCAGGAGUCCUUACUCACAAAUGAGGCGUUCCCCUGCCAUUUUUUUUGAUAUUUAUAGCUGAAAUGUAAAUAAGCAAUUUGUCCUCCAACUUUUUAACAUAUAAAGCAAUUACAUAGAGGGCCUGAAGGAAACUUUUGACGGCCUUAACUUUCGUAUUGGGAUAGUGUGUUGGAUAGCGUUGUAAAGACAGAAAUGUUUGCUAUUUUUGUAAACGGUUUAAUAAAAGAUUGGAGUGUUACAAAUUGCUAAUUUCAUAUACCCUGUGAGUAACAGAAGGAUUUCUAUCUACUAAUAAAACCGUGCCCUUUUGGAGUAGCUGAAGCUAACCUUUCAUUUUUUUAGCUAAUGAAAAAUCUGUACUGAAUGUAACGGGUUGGGAUAGCGAAUACACAGAUCAGCUUGAGAAGGACGGGAUUAAUACUUCAGCUGACAUCAAACUUCUGUAUCCAUACACGUGUGGAAACUGUGACUUUUGUAUUGCACUGCCAUCUCUACUUCUAAGAGGAGCAGAUUUCUCCAGCAGAUUAAAAAUAAAGGGUAAAGGGAU